AUGCUGUGCGUCAAGGGGUAAGCGGACCUGAAUUGAACAGUAUUGAUUGGCACUGUGUUGUCAGACAGUAAUGGGGCUCCCCCUCAGGGCAUUUAGCGUUGCCUGACCCCCUCCCCCAUCUCAGCGCAAUCAACCUCACUAGGGUUGGGCGAUAUUAAGAUAGGAUCGUCUAUCGACGAUGAGUGACAGCCGUCGUUGAUGGUGAUGGCAUCGUAAUGUGACAGACGAUGGUUUUAGCUGGUUUUAACUUGACUGUUGUGAACGGAGUCGUACAGCGCACAGCAGGGCAACACACAAGCGACAUUCAGAGUAAUUUACUUUUCCUAUUUGCUAUAUAGUCUAUUUGUUUCAAUAAAUAUGUUAAAGAAAGCAAGAGAGGAAUGCAGACAGGAGGGCCGGGACGAUACCAGUACCGCGAUACACGUAAGUAUCGUGGCAAGGAAACAAAACACAAAGCGGUUUUAACUUAUUUAGGAAAACAGCCUAAUGUUGGAAACAAACAUCAAUAUGUUGUUAUCCAGAGUCACAUUUAUGUAUUUCCCAAGCUACAGCAAACAAUAUUUUACAUACAGCGGGUUUUUAAGGAUGAAAGAGUUAGGUCUGCUUUGUGUUUUAAUUAUUUAUUUAUUUUUCACAAUACUGGUAUCUUCCCGGCCCUACUAGACCGAGCGGAGAAUUCCACCAAAGCGGUGCAUAAUGUCCAUUCAGAAAAUAUUUUCUAUUUUUCUCUGUCAGAAGACCGGUAGCCUUCACGUGUUGUUGUUUUUGUCAGCCAAUCAGAGUCGAAGACGCUCCAUGUGUAGCAAGUGAAGUGAGAGCUCACUAAUGCAAUGCAAAAUGGAAUUAAAAGGCUGAUGUUUAUUCUGAUUGGAGUUGGGGGAAAGCGCAGCAUGUAGACUCAAUUGGCUUGCUAGAUACAGUUGAAGUUGGAAGUUUACAUACACCUUAGCCAAAUACAUUUAAACUCAGUUUUUCACAAUUCCUGACAUUUAAUCCUAGUAAAAAUUACCUGUCUUAGGUCAGUUAGGAUCACCACUUUAUUUUAAGAAUGUGAAAUGUCAGAAUAAAAGUAGAGAGAAUUUUUUAUUUCAGCUUUUAUUUAUUUCAUCACAUUCCCAGUGGCUCAGCAGUUUACAUACACUCAAUUAGUAUUUGGUAGCAUUGCCUUUAAAUUGUUUAACUUGGGUCAAACAUUUCGGGUAGCCUUCCACAAGCUUCCCACAAUAAGUUGGGUGAAUUUUGGCCCAUUCCUCAUGACAGAGCUGGUGUAUCUGAGUCAGGUUUGUAGGCCUCCUUGCUCGCACACGCCUUUUCAGUUCUGCCCACAAAUUCUCUAUAGGAUUGAGGUCAGGGCUUUGUGAUGGGCACUCCAAUACCUUGACUUUGUUGUCCUUAAGCCAUUUUGCCACAACUUUGAAAGUAUGCUUGGGGUCAUUGUCCAUUUGGAAGACCCAUUUGCGACCAAGCUUUAACUUCCUGACUGAUGUCUUGAGAUGUUGCUUCAAUAUAUCCACAUCAUUUUCCUUCCUCAUGAUGCCAUCUAUUUUGUGACGUGCACCAGUCCCUCCUGCAGCAAAGCACCCCCACAGCAUGAUGCUGCCACCCCCGUGCUUGACGGUUGGGAUGGUGUUCUUCGGCUUGCAAGCAUCCCCCUUUUUCCUCCAAACAUAACGAUGGUCAUUAUGGCCAAACAGUUCUAUUUUUGUUUCAUCAGACCAGAGGACAUUUCUCCAAAAAGUACAAUCUUUGUCCCCAUGUGCAGUUGCAAACCGUAGUCUGGCAUUUUUAUGGCGGUUUUGGAGCAGUGGCUUCUUCCUUGCUGAGCGGCCUUUCAGGUUAUUUCGAAAUAGGACUUGUUUUACUGUGGAUAUUGAUACUUUGUACCUGUUUCCUCCAGCAUCUUCACAAGGUCCUUUGCUGUUGUUCUGGGAUUGAUUUGCACUUUUCGCACCAAAGUACAUUCAUCUCUAGAAGACAGAACGCGUCUCCUUCCUGAGCGGUAUGACGGCUGCGUGGUCCCAUGGUGUUUAUACUUGCGUAUUAUUGUUUGUACAGAUGAACGUGGUACCUUCAGGCGUCUGGAAAUUGCUCCCGAGGAUGAACCAGAAUUGUGGAGGUCUACAAUUUAUUUUCUGAGGUCUUGGCUGAUUUCUUUUGAUUUUCCCAUGAUGUCAAGAAAAGACGCACUGAGUUUGAAGGUAGGCCUUGAAAUACAUCCACAGGUACACCUCCAAUUGACUCAAAUUAUGUAAAUUAGCCUAUCAGAAGCUUCUAAAGCAUGACAUCAUUUUCUGGAAUUUUCCAAGCUAUUUAAAGGCACAGUCAACUUAGUGUAUGUAAACUUCUGACCCACUGGUAUUGUGAUACAGUGAAUUAUAAGUGAAAUAAUCUGUCUGUAAACAAUUGUUGGAAAAAUUACUUGUGUCAUGCACAAGACUUGCCAAACUAUAGUUUGUUAACAAGAAAUUUGUGGAGUGGUUGAAAAACGAUUUUUAAUGACUCCAACCUAAGUGUAUGUAAACUUCCAACUUCAACUGUAAAUCCCCAUUCUAUGAAUUCUAUUUCUAUCACUUCAGACCACUGCAAUUUAGCUGGUACACCAUUCAAUUAAAGUAAAUGUUUGUGAUUGAUUUACAUAUUACAGAGUGGACGAUAGAACAUCUUUAUUUAUCGCUCAGGUCACCGCCUCACGCCUCCAUCAUAACUCUUUCUGUCUGUGUGCCCCUGGUUCCCAUGGAAACCAACAGCACAGCAAUCCAGCGGUGAACGGCGUGUUGUAUGCAUACAGUACAUUUACAACACAGCAUUCCCCAACCUCACCAACCCUGAGAUGUUGAAGGUAGAUGGUGGCGGUGCCCCUUACCACAGAUCUAGGAUCAGAUAAUUACCCCCCCCCUCCAUUUCAACCUUAGAGGGAUGAUUAAAGACCUGACACUGUAUCAGUGGAUAAGGGCUUCCAUCUACUCCUUGAAAUUCAGCUAUUACCUUUUACCCACUUUUCAUGUGAUUAGUCUGGGACUUCUCAAAGCAGUAACCCCCUCCAUACUGUAGGCAGAGAGACAUAAUUACUACCACAAAGAUGGCCGCUGGUCCACUCACCGUUAACUUAAAUGGUGAUGUAUAUUCUAUGAUCUAUAUUUCUAUGAUUUCAAUAGUUUUCCUAUGAAGGAUUGACAGUAUAAUUUAAAACAACAGAUAUUCCUAUUCUCUGAUGUGUGGACCUCCAACCAUCUUUGUGGUAUCAUAUGAAAGUUCAUAUGUACAUGUAAUUCCCAUUUUAGUACAUUUAUUAGCCAAAACAUGACACCCACCCUGUAUUCAAGAGCUUGUUGUCUCAACCGAUGGCAGGCACAACAUAAAAACCUCAGAUCUAAAAUAGGGUCUAAGCUAAAACAUUUACGCCCAUCCCUCUUUGCUCCAUGUGCACGCUACACAGCCACAGACACACACCUGUUACAUACUGAAGCUGCAUCCACCAGGAAGAAGAUUUGAAAAGAUUUGCCUUCAAGUAGCCUCUUCCCAUUUCAACAACAUUAUCUUUUGUCCAGUUCUAGAAUGUGAUUUCACGCAAUAGCCUAAUGGUGGUUAUAAGAGGGGUUUGUUUCCCCCCCCCCCCAAUUAUUGUAAUGUUUUUGAUUGGCCAAUGGUUAUACGACAGUGUUUUAUGAGUACAAAAGUUGACAUUGCCCAACCGUAAAACUCACCCUCACCCCGUCCUCCCCCAGCCCUCACCCAUAUUUGAUCACCCCACCCUCAUGCAUACCCUUUCACAUCGCUCACUCCGGUUCUGAGCAACCCAACAUCCAUUUUUACUGAGCCUACAUCAACCCUAUUCCUCAUCCCACUACUCUGUAGCCUACCCUCGGCUUGCCCCCAAUCCGACAACCUCCACCGACACACCACACACACCGACCUCCCAUGCACAGGCGCUAGCACUUUGAGUGCAAUAGUGACCUGGCUCACCCUGCUGCUGUCGUGCUGUUCAAGAGAACAUUCCGGUGCACAGGAAGAGGAAAUCAGUAUGUACAGAGGGGCAGGGCAUUGGCAUGGUGGGGGAAGUCAAGGAUACAGAGGGAUAGUCAUCAAGGACAAGGUAGAGGGUGAGUGAGAGAAAUACAGACAACAGAGAGACAUGGGAAGAAAAGAGGAAAAAACAGAGAGGAAAGGAAUAAAUGCGUCCGCAUGCUUCCCAGCCGAAACAAUUCGGAACAGUUUGUGUAUAUAUUAUGGCUACAUUUUGUGACAAUUUUGUUCAUUUUGGACUUCGGUAAGGGUUUUUUGGGCUGUUCGGGCACACACACAAAAUUCUCGAGGCAAGCCGAAGUCGGUAGCCGAAGUCUGCGCCCCUUCGUCAGUGAUUGGUCAACAGUAGGGAUUCUUCAAUAAAGUCUAUGUUGUCAUUCAACGAGCGACGACUCAUUUUCAUGCACAUUCUUUCAUUGAAAAAUACUGCACCAAACAUCUUAGAUGUAAAAUUGUGUGACUAAAUGGACAAACAGUACUUACUAUUGGUACUUUUUUCAGGUUUUCUAAGCGAAGGUCUUUUAAGGGAGUAUGCGAGCACACUCGUUAGGUUCGGCUAGGCGCCAGCCGAACUGAAGCAUGUUGAUGCCUUAAGAGGGAGAAAGAAAGCGGUAGAGAAAUGCCAGAGGAUGCUGCCUGAGGAUUUAUCUAUUCAAUCAAAGUUUUGUUUGACUUCAGUAUAAAAUCUGACAUGUAUAGUGUCGAAACUACGUGAAAAGAGGUACAUUAACAGAGGUAGAGAAAUGCCUACCUCAGCUUUAUAGCUGAGUUUUAUCUGUGGAGUGUCAGAAGAUCAUAAUUGCCUGCUCUAUUUUGGGUUCUAAUUUAUGAAUGGUGUAGAGAUAACUGGUGAGUUUGUGUAUUUAGGAGACUAUGGCGUGUGCCACUGAGUGUUUGGAUGUAGGCCUUGUGUGUGUUUGUAAGACAGACAGAGCCCCUGGCAUCCACAUUCCUCCUCACACACAAUAGACUCACUGCUAGCUUGAUGAGCCUGGAACUGACAGCAGCUACACACACACACAUACACACACCCCUCUGCCGGACUGUACACACUCAUAACUCCUCCUCACACAUCUUCCAUCCCUAUCAGAGCUCAGUCAGCCUACUUGGAAUGUUAUUACUGGUUAACGAUUCAACUUUAUGAAUCUACUAAAGUAAAGGAGCAAAAUAAAUGUUUUGCUAUUUGAUUCUCUCUUUUGGCCUAGUUCUUCUCAAUUGUGGCAGUGUAGUUUUCCUCUGGCUACCUGGAGGCUUUGUUAGGGUUCUCUCUGAUGUGUCACUCAAAAUGUCACCCGUUGAACUUUUAAACAACUGGUAGUUGUCUCACCGGUUACCUAAUAACAGAGAACUGUGGUUCUAACUUCUUACCAUUUGUUCCUCUUGUGUUCCAGGCAGCAGAGCUGUGAUAGAGAGACUUCCCCCAUCCCCACCUCACUGACCCCCUGUUCACCUGUGAGUCGACACACACAAGGACCACGCCCGAUUCACCUGCACAGCUGACGCCUGGAGGAGGUAGGCGAAAUGAGGAACACGUAUGUGUUAUUAACGAUCACUGUGUUAUUUUACAGCAGCAGGGCAAUAAGUGGUUGGCUGUAAAAGUGAAGGAAGUCAUGGAAAGUACGUUGCAUGCUUGUGUCCCUAUCUACAGAGUUUUAUUGCCUUCAGAUGACAGCUUGAAAGAUUGGUUCAAUACUCAGUGAAACACCCCACCUCCCACCAGUAGAGUUUGAGGUUUCAUUUGCAUAGUCGACAAGGGAAUCUUUUGAUAUAUUUGUGCCUUCCUCUAUCUAUGCAUCUGUUUGGUGUAGCCUAAAUGUUGACAGCAUUUUUAUGUGGUUCUACUCUUAGUGAGAGAUUGCAUGUGGGUGUAAGUGUGUAUGUUUGCACAUGUACCCAUUAGGGAUACUGAAAGUCUUCUGUGCGACCAGCCUUAACCUUGGGACAUCACCUGAACCUCUGUUUGUUAUGUAACAGUUAUGUUAUGUAACAGUGUGUUGUCAAUGUUCACCCCCCUGGCUGUUAAGGGGUGUGUUUGAUGUCUGUGGCUGUGUUCCCACUACGAGAGAUGGAGAGUCUGAGGAGCGGAGUAGCGAAAAUGAUUUACACUUUUCAAUUCUUAUUACAUCCUUGCCUUAUCUUUCGUUGUGGCUGGCAAAGCGACGUUCUUGGUCGGCAGAAUAAAUUGACCAUAAAUAUUACAGUAGGCACUAGCCAGUAACCACAAACUAUUUAACAGUCCAAGCAACUUUUCUUCAAAAACAUAUUACACUAUUGAAUAAUACAACCAAACCAUAUUACACACUUCAAUAAUGCAACAAUUGACAAGCAUGUGCAGACAAAGGGUUUACCUUACUCGUCUGUACACAUUAAAUUAGCUGAAAAUACGCAGCAAACUCCUGUUAGCUAGCUAUCUAACAAACAACAUUCUUCAUGAUCAAGUAACGAUAGCAUAUCAAUAAUUAACAUUUACCCCUCCCAUACGAACAAAAGUACAGUCACUUACAUAUCAUACAGUAUCAUUCAUAUUACAAUAUAGGCUACACAGCUAGGUAACGUUAGCUAGCAAGCUAGUUAGCUAGCUAAACAAAGCUAGCUAGCUAGCUAAACACAUUUCUGUAUCCUCCUCACAUCAACGUGCUGGCUGUUAGCUGAAUGCUGACGUUUAGCUGAACGAUAGCCAGAUAGGAGCUCUUAAGCUUAUACUAGCGUAUUAGAGUUACCUUAGAACAAACCAGGCUUCAUUUUAUUAAUAUCAUGGAAGUCAUUAUAUGAGGUAAAAGCAUAUUGUGACUGAAGAAGUUGAUAAUUCCUUGUGGAAUUGCUUCUUCCCUCGAUGUCGGUGGCUCAGUGCAGUCAAUCAGCGACAAUUUCAGAAUGUAACAGGCUGUUUCUACAAUUUCAGGUAAAAAAAAUGGAGGGUAUUUUUGCAGUCUUAAGCAGGAAAUCAAUUUUUUUCUGAUCUUACCUCUGCCUCUUACUCCUAUGAAAGGGAUCUACACUUAUCCAUACUGGUAAUAUUCCCUUAAAUGUAUCACGUUCCAGUAGGGCUGGGAAUUGCUAGAUAUAUAUUGCGAUUCUCACGAUUCUAUAUGUAUUGCAAUUCAAUACUGUGAUUUUAUUGCGAAUUCCAUGUUCCAAACAUAUUGCUCACCAUAUGUCUGCUGCAGAGGGACAAGAGAGCCAUGAGAAAACGAGUUUUGAUCAGUCAUGGAAAUAAAAGUGCUGAAAACUAAUUGGCUCCUUGUUUAAAAAGAAGGUGGAGAACAAGCUAUGAAGGAAAAAUACUGGAGUUUUGGUACAGCCAACCAGCGCAAUAUUAAUAUAUUGUCAAAACGAUACGAUAUAUUGUUAAAAAUAUCAUAUGUAACUAUCGAUCCCCCCUCUUUUAGAGGUAAUAAUGCAGUUGACUGCUAUUAGCUUUCCCUCUUUCCAAGUCGGUGCAUUCCCCCUGUUCUCUAAAGUGGCUGUCUACCCCAGUGCUAGAAUGCACCACAGCAGUAGAUUAAAGUGGUAUUAAAGUGAAGUCGCUGGAAAGGUCUCAGUGAAAUUAUGAUGAAUAGCCUAUUUGCAUAGCUGAUUCUGAUUGGGGUUAAAAGUACCGCUGCUCAGCAUGACGGACUCGGGUCACGCUUUAGAAAUGAGCUGUAACAGUAAGCCUCAUGAAAGCUGAAUCAAUGGUGUGUAGAUGAGGGUUCAUCUCAUCCACUCAGAGGGGAGAAGUUCAGAUGUCGCAUUGCCUUAUGCUGAUGUGUAAACCUUACUACCUCCUAAUGUUAUAAAUGUAAGGAUUUGUAUAAGCCCACAGUUGAAGUCGGAAGUUUACAUACACCUUAGCCAAAUACAUUUAAACUCAGUUUUUCACAAUUCUUGACAUUUAAUCCUAGUAAAAAUUCCCUGUCUUAGGUCAGUUAGGAUCACCACUUUAUUUUAAGAAUGUGAAAUGUCAGAAUAAUAGUAGAGAGAAUUAUUUAUUUCAGCUUUUAUUUCUUUCAUCACAUUCCCAGUGGGUCAGAAGUUUACAUACACUCAAUUAGUAUUUGGUAGCAUUGCCUUUAAAUUGUUUAACUUGGGUCAAACGCUUCCCACAAUAAGUUGGGUGAAUUUUGGCCCAUUCCUCCUGACAGAGCUGGCCUAACUGAGUCAGGUUUGUAGGCCUCCUUGCUCGCACACGCUUUUUCAGUUCUGCCCACAAAUGUUCUAUAGGAUUGAGGUCAGGGCUUUGUGAUGGCCACUCCAAUACUUUGACUUUGUUGUCCUUAAGCCAUUUUGCCACAACUUUGGAAGUAUGCUUGGGGUACAUUUUCCAUUUGGAAGACCCAUUUGCGACCAAGCUUUAACUUCCUGACUGAUGUCUUGAGAUGUUGCUUCAAUAUAUCCACAUAAUUUUCCUUCCUCAUGAUGCCAUCUAUUUUGUGAAGUGCACCAGUCCAUCCUGCAGCAAAGCAUCCCCACAACAUGAUGCUGCCACCACCGUGCUUCACGGUUGGGAUGGUGUUCUUUGGCUUGCAAACAUCACCCCUUUUCCUCCAAACAUAACAAUGGUCAUUAUGGCCAAACAGUUCUAUUUUUGUUUCAUCAGACCAGAGGACAUUUCUCCAAAAAGUACGAACUUUGUACCCAUGUGCAGUUGCAAACCGUAGUCUGGCUUUUUUUAUGGCGGUUUUGGAACAGUGGCUUCUUCCUUGCUGAGCGGCCUUUCAAGUUAUGUCGAUAUCGGACUCAUUUUACUGUGGAUAUAAAUACUUUUGUACCUUUUUUCUCCAGCAUCUUCACAAGGUCCUUUGCUGUUGUUCUGGGAUUGAUUUGCACUUUUCGCACCAAAGUACGUUCAUCUCUAGCAGACAGAACGCGUCUCCUUCCUGAGCAGUAUGAUGGCUGCGUGGUCCCAUGGUGUUUAUACUUGCGUACUAUUUUUUUGUACAGAUGAACGUGGUACCUUCAGGCGUUUGGAAAUUGCUCCCAAGGAUGAACCAUUUAUUUUCUGAGGUUUUGGCUGAUUUCUUUAGAUUUUCCCAUGAUGUCAAGCAAAGAUACACUGAGUUUGAAGGUAGGCCUUGAAAUACAUCCACAGGUACACCUCCAAUUGAUUCAAAUUAUGUCAAUUAGCCUAUCAGAAGCUUCUAAAGCCAUGACAUUUUCUGGAAUUUUCCAAGCUGUUUAAAGGCACAGUCAACUUAGUGUAUGUAAACUUCUGACCCACUGGAAUUGUGAUACAGUGAAUUAUAAGUGAAAUAAUCUGUCUGUAAACAAUUUUUGGAAAAAUUACGUGUCAUGCACAAAGUAGAUGUCCUAACCGACUUGCCAAAACGAUAGUUUGUUAACAAGAAAUGUGUGGAGUGGUUGAAAAACAAGUUUUAAUGACUCCAACCUAAGUGUAUGUAAACUUCCGACUUCAACUGUAUGUCAUGGUAGAGAGUACAAGGCAUCGAUAGCGACCUUCACCGUAUCUCCACCUCCCCUCGCAACAACUCUCCAAACUUCCACUGCCCUUCACCCUACUUCAGAUCACAGGCAACCAAGUGGAGAAGGAGAAGAAUGUAGGUCGCCCCUCAUUCCCCGCUCAUGCACCCUUCUCCUAUGCGUGUGUGCACAAUGCAAAUGUGUGCGUUUUCGCAGUGCACAUGUCUGUCAGCAUGUGGGUGUAUGUGUAUCACUCCCUGCCCAUGCUUCUCCUCCAGGCUAGCAUUCUGUCUGUAUGACAGAGGAUACCACAGCAGUGAAAGUAGAGGUUAUCAGGGAUAGAGUGCAAAACAAUGUCACAGGAAAUCAAUGACAAUCACAGCAGGGAGAGGCAGCUCAGAGACCCUGAGCCUGACAAGACCUGUCAGUAGGGAAGCACAGCAAACCUGGAGGACACGCCAAGAUACGGGUGAUAAACAAGGGCUGCAGUGUGUGUGCAAGGUUUUCCAAGCCUCCACUUUAGCAAAAAACACUGCAGCCCUCCAGGACUGGAGUCCGGCAAAGUUGAUCAAAUCCAUCAGACAAGAGUCUCUGGGAAACCAUAGAUACGCCUAUAUCAUGUGGCACAGGGGUUUUGUUAGGGUCAGAGCUGUGGUCAGGUUGCAGGGAAAGCCAGUGGGGUGAGAUCAAGUAGACGGAGAGACAGUCAGCCUGGAAUAGCUUGAGACAGACUCACCACAGGAACCCUUCAACAACCAGAGUAUAAUAGAGCUGAACUUUCUGCAUCGUUACACAUUCACAGCCCACUGAAGCGACAGUAAGGUCCUAGUCAUCUCCACCACUCACUGAUCAUCUAUUUAUUCAUUAUCAGGUCAGCUUUCACUCAUUACAACAAUUUUGUCUCCUAAUAAGGAUAAAGGACGCUAACAUUUUGGCAACUGAACAGACAUUAAGGGUCGUGUGUCAUGUCCUCCACUCACGCUCUAUCAGUUUGCAAAGUACUGUUUGGCUACAUUUAUUUCAGCACUUAAUUCUCAUUUUCAUGUAUAUUUUACCCCGGCCCUGGGGGUUGUAUAUGAAGACCACACAGCCCAGUCUCUUUUGUAGUCUAUCUAUACCAGGGCUGGUAUUCAUAAAGCGUCUCAGAGUAGAAAUGCUGAUCUAGGAUCAGGUUCCCCUUGUCUACAUAAUUUAUUAAAUAUGACCUAAAAGCCAGAACUGGUCAUAGAUCAGCAAUCCUACUCUGAGAUGCUUUAUGAAUACGGACCCGAGCCCUGUAUGUCUGAGCUGUGGUCCCAGGGAGCAGGGUUGCCGUCCUGUCAGGGUGUGUUGUCCCACAGUGCUGUGAUGUGAUGUCCCAUCGCUGCCGGCUGUCUGCCAGUCAUACAGUAUGUAUCACCAUCUGCUCCCAACACAACCGACUACGCCAUCUUGCCGUCACCACAGCUAAUAUUAGACUAUUCAUGUUAUAUUGAAUCCCUCCUCGGGUCACUCACCACUGUCUGCCACCCUCUCAAGUUGUCAAUGUCAUCUUUGUACGACUUAGCCUACAUUUGAGUAUGCCUAAUAGUAGUAAGGUCAUGGAUUGGGUGUGUAGGCCUUUCAGUGUCUUUGAUCAAAGUAUCUGAAAGCACCUGCUGUUGUGUAUGGGUUUCUCACCUCUGUCCUAAUGUGUAUUCCACGUGUUAUAUAAUUAAUUAUAAACUGGGUGGUUCGAGCCCAGAAUGCUGAUUGGCUGACAGCCGUGGUAUAUCAGACCGUAUACCACGGGUAUGACAAAACAUUUACCUUGGUCACUUGGCAUUGUCACGAAACAGUAACAACAGCUCUCUCCUUAGCCUACAUUUGAGUAUGCCUAAUAGUAGUAAGGUCAUGGAUUGGGUGUGUAGGCCUUUCAGUGUCUUUGAUCAAAGUAUCUGAAAGCACCUGCUGUUGUGUAUGGGUUUCUCACCUCUGUCCUAAUGUGUAUUCCACGUGUUAUAUAAUUAAUUAUAAACUGGGUGGUUCGAGCCCAGAAUGCUGAUUGGCUGACAGCCGUGGUAUAUCAGACCGUAUACCACGGGUAUGACAAAACAUUUAUUUUAACUGCUCUAAUUACGUUGGUAACCAGUUUAUAAUAGCAAUAAGGCACCUCGGGGGUUUGUGGUAUAUGGCCAAUAUACCACGGCUAAGGGCUGUGUCCAGGCACUACGCGUUGCGUCAUGCUUGAGAACAGCCCUUAGCCGUGGUAUAUUGGCCAUAUACCACAAACCCCCGAGGUGCCUUAUUGCUAUUAUAAACUGGUUACCAACGUAAUUUUGUGUAUGUAAACUAAGUCUACAUACACAAUUGCUUAAUUAUGUCACUAUUCUAUGCGUAGGCUACCUCUUUGUCUCAAAUGCAUUAUUAUCCUGCGAGGUGGUCUGUUCCACAAGUGACUUUUUCUUGACCUUGGUCACUUGGCAUUGUCACGAUACAGUAACAACAGCUCUCUCCAUCUCCAUCUGGAGCAUGUGUCAUGUUGUGUACAGUAAUUUCUCUGGUAGCUGUAGCUCUCUCGUUGCUCUCUCUGUGAUUAUGAUGAGUGAGUAGUGUAAUUACCAGCUCCAGUGUGUGUUUGCGUUGUGUGGGCCAGGGCUGCACGGUGCACAGGCACUCCGAGAGGGAGGUGGCGGGGGAAGCAUCUUCAGAGGCCUAACUAAUUGCUAUGGGAGUAAUUAAAAGGCAUUACAUUCCUGCUUUACAUCUUCUGUAGUUGGGGCCAGAGCUCUGUCUGCCUGGGGGGCCUCAAAGCCCUUCAUGUUCCUGUGGCUCCUAUGUUUCCUAUGGCACUUGCCAUUUUCUGCCUCUCCUACUUAACUCUAUUUAGCGCUUCACAUUGUUUGGGAAUAAAACUCAUCCCUUUCACCUACAGUGGGGAAAAAAAGUAUUUAGUCAGCCACCAAUUGUGCAAGUUCUCCCACUUAAAAAGAUUAGAGAGGCCUGUAAUUUUCAUCAUAGGUACAUGUCAACUAUGACAGACAAAAUGAGAAAAAUAAUCCAGAAAAUCACAUGUAGAUUUUAAUGAAUUUAUUUGCAAAUUAUGGUGGAAAAUAAGUAUUUGGUCAAUAACAAAGUUUCUCAAUACUUUGUUAUAUACCCUUUGUUGGCAAUGACACAGGUCAAACGUUUUCUGUAAGUCUUCACAAGGUUUUCACACACUGUUGCUGGCCCAAUUUUGGCCCAUUCCUCCAUGCAGAUCUCCUCUAGAGCAGUGAUGUUUUGGGGCUGUCGCUGGGCAACACGGACUUUCAACUCCCUCCAAAGAUUUUCUAUGGGGUUGAGAUCUGGAGACUGGCUAGGCCACUCCAGGACCUUGAAAUGCUUCUUACGAAGCCACUCCUUCGUUGCCCGGGCGGUGUGUUUGGGAUCAUUGUCAUGCUGAAAGACCCAGCCACGUUUCAUCUUCAAUGCCCUUGCUGAUGGAAGGAGGUUUUCACUUAAAAAUUCACGAUACAUGGCCCCAUUCAUUCUUUCCUUUACACGGAUCAGUCGUCCUGGUCCCUUUGCAGAAAAACAGCCCCAAAGCAUGAUGUUUCCACCCCCAUGCUUCACAGUAGGUAUGGUGUUCUUUGGAUGCAACUCAGCAUUCUUUGUCCUCCAAACACGACGAGUUGAGUUUUUACCAAAAAGUUCUAUUUUGGUUUCAUCUGACCAUAUGACAUUCUCCCAAUCCUCUUCUGGAUCAUCCAAAUGCACUCUAGCACACUUCAGACGGGCCUGGACAUGUACUGGCUUAAGCAGGGGGACACGUCUGGCGCAGCAGGAUUUGAGUCUCUGGCGGCGUAGUGUGUUACUGAUGGUAGGCUUUGUUACUUUGGUCCCAGCUCUCUGCAGGUCAUUCACUAGGUCCCCCCGUGUGGUUCUGGGAUUUUUGCUCACCGUUCUUGUGAUCAUUUUGACCCCACGGGGUGAGAUCUUGCGUGGAGCCUCAGAUCGAGGGAGAUUAUCAGUGGUCUUGUAUGUCUUCCAUUUCCUAAUAAUUGCUCCCACAGUUGAUUUCUUCAAACCAAGCUGCUUACCUAUUGCAGAUUCAGUCUUCCCAGCCUGUUGCAGGUCUACAAUUUUGUUUCUGGUGUCCUUUGACAGCUCUUUGGUCUUGGCCAUAGUGGAGUUUGGAGUGUGACUGUUUGAGGUUGUGGACAGGUGUCUUUUAUACUGAUAACAAGUUCAAACAGGUGCCAUUAAUACAGGUAACGAGUGGAGGACAGAGGAGCCUCUUAAAGAAGAAGUUACAGGUCUGUGAGAGCCAGAAAUCUUGCUUGUUUGUAGGUGACCAAAUACUUAUUUUCCACCAUAAUUUGCAAAUAUGUGCCAUCCUCUGUGCCUUGGGUUGCGAUGGGUCUGUCUGGAGGACAUUUCUUGCAGCUCCUAUUUUGGGCUGUGGCUGUGAACUGUGAAGGCUAGCGAAGACAUCAAAUAACAUUGCACCUUUAGUUGAAUUAGAAAGUUAUCAGUGCACUGCAUAACAAGAUGUGUUUGUCAAACAUGUCCUGUUUAGUUGUGUGGCUGUGGUACUCUGUGUCUGUCUGUCCUCCCUCCAGCUUGUGCGUAGUAGUUGUGGCCCAGUUCUACUGUGUCUGUCGGCCUUGGCUCAGUGUUGUGGACACCCAGAGACAUGACAGAACUUCCACACUUCCACUCUCCUGACUGGCGUUCAGCUAAAUAAAGGGCCCUUUCUCCGGCUGCUGCAGCUGGAGCCUAGCUGGGAUUGGGACUGAUAGCAUAUCACGGCCAACGCGCCGGAUGAGGAAAGACUUUGUGCCGUAGCAGCAGGAUCAGAGCAGGACCCUUGGAAUCGCCUGUAUUUCCCCAAAACAAAGACAUGAUACAUUUGUGUGGUCGUCUGGUGCUCAACUGACUGUUUUUUUUUGUUGUUCACUGUGAAUGAGUUUUGUACAUGGUGUGUAUAUGUGUGUAAUGCUGUCUUAUGCCAAAAGUGAAUCACAGAGGAUUGUGCAGAACGUACACAAGUUUCAUUCACUCUCUGCCUUGUGAGAUGUAACGCUCAAUAUUAUAAUAGAAUGAUGAAUAGAAACUGUGCGGAAAGGAUUACGAUCCUCACAAAACAUCAUUUUCCUCAUACCAGUAGCUAACAUCAUUAAACAAUGUCAGACUGGGAAAUUGCCUGGAUCAUAAGCUUACUGGAAACAGAUGUCGGGACGGAAUGAGAAGAAGGAUUGACGGAUCAUAAGCCUGAAUGGAGAGAUACAGAAACAGGGAUAAAGCAAAAGAAACUGAUAGGGAUGGAGCGAUGAAGGAGAGGAGAGAGAGUUUGAGCGGAGAAGAGACUGAAUAAAAUGGAGAUAGAUUAGCCUAGGUAUAGAGGGACACAGAAAAAGGAGAGAGUAAAACAGAGAGAUAGUUGAGAGGAGAAGACCCUGAAUAAAGUAGGGGUAUAUUAAGAGUCUAAGGAGGCUUUUUAUAGCGACAGGGCAGUGGUGUGAAGCCUGAUUCUUUGUGACUGUCAUAUUAAGGCGAGUCAUUGUGGUUCAGUGAACACGUUCCUGCUCUCUCCCUCCUCGCUGUCUCUCGACUCGUCGCUCUCUCCCGCUUUCAUUUUCCCUCCCCCCCAGCGUUCUACUGUUCUGUCGCUUUACAUUCUCUCCCCCUCUCUCCUCAAUUUUCUAUUAAUCCUUCCCCUCCUUAGCUGUGUAUGAAGUAGCCUAGUUGUCUGCAUCCUCGUUUGUUUCUCUCUGAAGACAUGGCGAGGGAGGGUGAGAAUGGACAGAAGGAUGGUAGAGAGUAGUGUUGGGCGAUAUUACGAUAGUAUCUGAUAUCGAAGAUGAUUGACAGUCGUCGUCGAUGGUGACGACAUCGUGAUGUGACAGACUCGCUAUGUAUAGUCGCACACCUCAUGUAGCCUAACCCAUAGGCCUAUAUGUUUUGAUAAGGUUUGUAUCACAACUAAAGUGGCCAAAUAACUUCUUAAAAUGAAGCACAUUAAUCCGCUUUGCAACCGGUGUAGAGCCUAACUGGUAUAUAUAGGCGGCGCUUCAGUUUCAAGUUUGGGGAAGAUAAUUUUCAUCGUAAAAAUGAACCAUUAUAAUAAAGCAUUACAUGCAUAAUUGCAUUUGCGGUCACUUUUGAGAAGUGAUUCCCCGCUAAUUUAUUGCAUUUUGGAACAUUCACGCUUAUAGCCUAAUGCCGUGUGCGCAUUGCUGCGCUUAUAAUGUGAAGAAAUAGCCUAAUAUGUUGCAUCAGCCUCAUUGCUUUUUGUUUUUUGAUGCGAGUGGUUGGAUUAAUUUGGGAUCUAUCGCAUCCCACAACUGUCCCAGAGUAUGUUUGGAAUAUUUAUUUAUUGCACAGAAGGACAAGUUGACCAAUAGAAUAGGUCAAGUUUUGUACUAUGGGGGAUAGGCUAGUGCUUUUGCUGUUCGUUAGGCCUACACAUCUUGUUGGUUGACGAAAAGUAGGCUAAAGGUGGACAGUUCUUCCUACCAUCAAUAUGUGCCUCGUAAUUCGAAACGAGGGACGCGCGCAGUUGCGUCCCCGACAUGUCCGUCUUCACUUGUAGCCUGCUAGCUGAGGUGCCUGUGACGGGCAUUGGCUAAUAAGAAUUGAGAUAUCUGAGAGAGCCAUGUGAGUGAGAGGUGCUUCGGAGCACAGCAGCCGGGAGAAGGGAAUUAUAAUUAUUAUAUUCAGCCCAAGGGCACAACGGACACUUUGGCCGCAAAAGGCAUGGAUUUUUUAGAGGGCGUUACGGCCAAACGAGGGGGAUGCUGCUGGGAAAUUUUAGGCCUGGUGAGAAUAUUAUCAAGUGCUUGUCAAAUUGUGAAUGAGAGACUGAUGAAGUGUUUGCAGCCUGCACAAGAAACAAAUCAGAGCUCAUGCCUUUCAUGCAACUUUUUUCAAAUCAUCAUUAGUCUCAUCAUGCAGCCUUAGAAUGUAUUACAAAUCAAAACAUAUAGCACAACGUUUGUAUCAAAACUAAAGUUGCAUAAAUAACUCUAAAUUAAGCAUAUAGGAGGACCUGUUUCUUUGUUAACCGCUCAACACAGAAUAGCCGCAUAGGUGCACUUCCUUGGGAAUCGUUUGGAGAAAAUAUACUUUCUAUUUUAUUCAGUUAUGUUCAAUUGUAUUCUUCAUACUAUAAAAUAAUUUUUAUAUUUAAUGCUACGGAAUUCUAAGCAAAUCUUGUCUGCUAAAUGAACUAGUGUAGCCCACCGCCAUAUGGCAUAGCCAGAUCAGGGCCUAACAUAAAGACAACUCAGAGUAUGCUAUUCUGUUCUUCUGAAAUAGACUACAUUUUCUUCAUAUCAUAAAAUGUAUGCGCUCAUGACUGUAGGUCGCUUUGGAUAAAAGCGUCUGCUAAAUGCCAUAUUAUUAUUAUAUCAUGUUUCUUUAGACCUGUCUAAAAUAAUGGAAUUAUUUUCAUGGUGUAGGCUAUAUUAAAUGGAUUUAUUAGACUUUUUAAUGUGUAGAUGUUCCAAAGAUCUGCAUCAGUGGCUUGUAGGCUAUGCGUGGAAGCCAGGAGAACGUGUUUAUGUUAAUUAACGGUCAAUUACACUGAGACUGGCAGUUAUUUGCUUAACAAUCACCGGCUGCAAGCAGGAUGAGGGGACUUUGACCCACUUAAGUUACAUGUUUACUGGGCUCUCAUUUUUGAUGACUUAUCUAAAGCCUUUGAUAGAGUUAUAGCCCCAGACCCAUUGAUCGCUCUGUUUGGUAAUAGUUGAUGGGAAUAACCAGGAAGGGACAGCUGUCUCUCUAUUGUACUCUAUUAGCCAAAAGGCUCAUAUUGCAAUUUUGGAAAUUGGAGACUGUACCUACCUUUGAAAUGUGGUUAAGGGAUUUAUAUGUAAUGCAUAGAGAAGAUUCGAUUCAAUACCUCCAAUAGAAGUCCAAUGUUUUACAAAAUCUGGCAGCCAAUACUGGAUAAAUGGUGUAGUCUCGCUUCAUAACUGGAUUGAUGCUCUGCUGCUACUCUGUGCUGUACUCCACUCAAUAUUUAUUUUUGUCUUAACUACAUGACUAUAUGCUGUAUUCUUAAAAAAUAUAUCACCUAAUAGGAUUUUUGUAUUUUAUUUUUGUAUGUGUGAGUUAAGUUUUGUUUUGUCCUCUAAAUUUGCCAUCCCAUUCAACAGUACAAUGAAUGUCAGUGUUUGUAUUUCUGUCUUUUUAAAUGUAUUUUUUAUUGGAAAAUAAUAAACAUAUUAUAAAAAAUAAUAAAAUAAAAGACAAUCACCGGCUGACAAAAUGUCAUGGCCGCCACAGCCCUAGGAAGGACGCCUGUAUCUUUGUAGGGACUGGGUGUAUUGAUACACCAUUCAAAGUGUAAUUAAUAACUUCACCAUGCUCAAAGGGAUAUUCAAUGUCUGCCCUUCUUUGCGAGGCAUUGGAAAACUUCCCUGGUCUUUGUGGUUGAAUCUGUGUUUGAAAUUCACUGAGGGACCUUACAGAUAAUUGUAUGUGUGGAGUACAGAGAUGAGGUAGUCAUUCAAAAAUCAUGUUAAACACUAUUAUUGCACACAGUGAAUCCAUGCAACUUAUGUGACUUGUUAAGCCCAUCUUUACUUCUGAACUUAUUUAGGUUUGCCAUAACCAAGGUGUUGAAUAGUUAUUGACACAAGAUAUUUCUGCUUUUCAUUUUUUAUUAAUUUGUAAAAGAAUAACAAAAGAAAAUACAUAAUUCCACUUUGACAUUAUAUGCUAUUGUGUGUCGGCCAGUGACAAAACAAUAUAAUUUUAAUCAAUUUUAAAUUCAGGCUGUAACACAACAAAAUGUGGAAAAAGUCAAGUGGUGUGAAUACUUUCUGAAGGCGCUGUAUAUUUAUCAUUGCCCUGGGCUAAGUGCCAGCUGAGAGAAGUAAAAUGAGAAAGAUUACACUGCAGCAGCAACCUGUGUGUGUGUGUGUGAAUAUCCAUUCAGAUUAUAUCUAUUCUUUAUGAUCAACAUCCAAGUGCUGUUUAGCUAGGAUUUUAAUUUGGAGUUAUGAAAAUUGAUAGUGCGUGUGUAUUGCUGCUGAAAUAUGAAAAUAGUAUAAUAAUAACCCUGCUUGUCAUGCAUUCUGAAGAUUAGUUUCAACAGGAGAAAUCCUCUGUCAAAUCCCCUCACCCCUCUCUCUCUCUCUCUCUCUCUCUCAUAUCCUCCUUCUCUCUUCCUUAAUCACUCUCUCACACUCUAGUACAGAUGAGUUGCUAUAGUCACAGUUUUCGUGAUGUCAUUUCAUUGAGUAGAAGGGGUGAAUCUGGGUCAGUGUGCAUAUUCAGAAACAGUGUAUUACUGUAUGCAUGUUGUUUUAUUGUGGUCGUCAACAUAUCAAUGUGUGUGUUUUGUCUCCUUCCCAGAUCAGCCCAGAGCCUGAGAGAAGAGAAGACCGCCUACUGUGUAACUGGGCCUAUGACCAGCAGUGUCCUGCUCUCCCAUUGAAAGCGAUGUUUGUGGGAGGUGGAGGCCGCAGCAUCAGCAGAGUGUGUGUGGGGCCCCUCUCCCUCUCCCCUACCCCCCACCCUGGCCUGGGAUGCCAGCUCCCUGCCCCCCUGCCUGCUGUCCUGCCCUGAGCUCAACUGGGGCGCCAUGAACACCUACAAAGAUAGAGGGGUCACCUGCACCUCCUCAGACCUGCUGGAGAGGGGCGGAGGGGGAGGAUCCCUCCUCACACAACAUGCCGCCUUCCACCUCACCCCCAACGGCCACCCUGCCCCCUCCUCUGAUCCAGCCACCCAAUCCCGUGUCUCCGUUCCCAAGAUGGGCGUCCGCGCCCGAAUUGCUGAGUGGCCGCCGCGCCAUGCGCAAUCCAGGGAGUCGCUCCUGGAGAACGGGCAAGGCGGUAAUCACCAUGGAGAUGACACUUCCACGACGACCUCCUCCAUUUCUUUCCCCAUCUCGGAGGUCGGGCUGGUGCGGGGAGGAGUGGCUCGUUUACCAAGGCGACGCACUAAGGACGUGGAGUUCCGUGGUGGGUACGGGGGUGAAAGAGGAUCUCCUGUAGGCCUGCGUGCCUUCCCCCCGUUACGGCAGCGCUCCAACAGCGAGGUGACUCUGAGCGAGCAGGAUGAGAACGAGGUGGAAGGUCGUGGAGGUGCUAAUCUGUUCCGGGAGUACGGCAGCACCUCCUCCAUCGACGUGCAGGGCAUCCCCGAGCAGAGUUUCUUUGACAUGCUCAGCCAGUUCCACCAGGAGAGGCCCGACCAGCGCAGCACUGCCCCCGUACGCCUACUGCACACCCCCAACUCCCCUCCCUCUGCACCCCUCCCCACAGGCCACUCCCCCACCCCCAUAUCCCGGGGGGAGGAUGGAGGGAUGGGAUGGUCAGAGAACAGGUUGAGGAAUAAGAGCGGGGGGACAGAGUCGUCUCUGGGGACGUCCUCUCUGUUCCGGAAGCUCCGCAGCUCCAGCAGAGGGGAGCUGGACAGAGGGGAGGCGGGGGAGGACGGGGGAGGCCGUAACUCUACAGAUACCCCCUACAAAACCUGGGUGUGCCCCAAGAGCUUUGUCCACUACGACGCCCAGAGUGUCCUGUUUGACCUACAUGAGGCGGCUGCUCAGCGCACCUACGUAGCCAAGCGGAGGAACACUGCCACCGGGGCAUCGGCGGCCUCAGUCUCCCUGGCUGUGUCACGUUCCUCAACUCUGAGUGGGUUGGACGCUACCUACUCCAGCGUUGAGGACCUGACGCUAGGCCUCGACCCCACCGCGCCCACACCCUCCCUGGGCAUGGACACUCUGGACGGCCCCCCCGGAGGCCCCAGCUCCAGUCCUCUCCUCCUCAGCUGCCCCCACUUCCGCAACGAGACGGGGGGCAAUGGGGAGCGCAACGUCAGUUUCCUGAGCUCCUCGGCUGAGCAGGGAGGGGAGGGGGGUGCGGGUGACAUGGUGAGGGGCACCCUUCGGCGUAGUAACGCCAGUGUGUCGGUGGUGGAGGUUCCCAUAGAGCAGCAAGUCACCAGAAUGGAUAGACUGAAACUCUAUAGCAUAGAGCACGUGGACCUGGGGGCGCGGUACUACCGAGACUACUUCCACGGGAAAGGUAAGAACUGAUCUGAUCUUACCACUCAAUACAGCCUACCGAUCCUACCUAACUUUUACUACUUUUACUUUUACAAUUCACAAAAGUCUAACAUAUCACUAGUGUUUCCACUGGCAGUACUCUCUCCUCCUCCAUCCAGCUGUCUGUGUACGGUCAGCCAACUUGGCAGCGGUCCCAUAGGAUAACAUGUACCUGCCUCUGUCUGUUGGCAAACUGAGCUCAUAGCUCUGAGAAGAAUUAGCUUAAUCACUCACACACACGGUGACCUUUCUGCCUCUGCACAUUAAUCCUGACACUCGUUGUCUCUUCCUAUUAACCCCCCCCCCCCCCCCCCCCGAUCCUACAGAACAGCUGUGUGUGUGGUGUGUGUGCUCCCAGUAUCACCUCUCUAGACCCUGGAAAAAUAGAUAGCUGCCCCCAAGGACAGAAUAAUCGACUAAGAGCCUAAUUAGAGACAGAUGUUGUCAGGGUUUGUGACGCCUGCAACCACAGAGAUGAAGGUUACCGCUCCAAAAAUACUGCUUCCUGUCCCCCUGAACGCUGUGUGGAACAUGAGACUGCUCCGGUGCUGUAACUGUAAUGCCCUGCGUGCAUGUCAAAAAGCCUCAACCAAAAAGCUGACAUUUAUACUGCAAGACAAAGCUGGAAUGCUAAACAGGGCUGAGCCUCUUCAAUUAUGCAGGGACGAAACAAGUUGAAAACGAAGUUCUUCCAUGAGUUUCUUCCUCCUCCACUCACAAAUAGGAGAAGUCGCUCUCAGUUUGAGGAGUAAGCUGUUAAUGAAUCAUAUGGAAAUGUUUAUAGCCUUUUACUUUAGGAAUGUGUCUUAUCAGAGAUAUCCACUUAUUCAUCAAACUUUAGAUAAGCAGAUAGGCUACUCAGUCUUCAGUGUGUCACACAGUUAUAAUAAAAUGUCCUGUGGAAUGUUCUGUUUAUGAAACCAACAUUUCUGGCUAGGAUAGGCCUAUAUCAUGCAAAGCAAUAUGUCUAGUACGUCAAAGCAAGCGAUUGUAUUGUCAUGGAUUAAAUAACAAAAAUACAGUGGGGGAAAAAAGUAUUUAGUCAGCCACCAAUUGUGCAAGUUCUCCCACUUAAAAAGAUGAGAGAGGCCUGUAAUUUUCAUCAAAGGUACACGUCAACUAUGACAGACAAAAUGAGGGGAAAAAAUCCAGAAAAUCACAUUGUAGGAUUUUUUAUGAUUUUAUUUGCAAAUUAUGGUGGAAAAUAAGUAUUUGGUCAAUAACAAAAGUUUCUCAAUACUUUGUUAUAUACCCUUUGUUGGCAAUGACACAGGUCAAACGUUUUCUGUAAGUCUUCACAAGGUUUUCACACACUGUUGCUGGUAUUUUGGCCCAUUCCUCCAUGCAGAUCUCCUCUAGAGCAGUGAUGUUUUGGGGCUGUCGCUGGGCAACACAGACUUUCAACUCCCUCCAAAGAUUUUCUAUGGGGUUGAGAUCUGGAGACUGGCUAGGCCACUCCAGGACCUUGAAAUGCUUCUUACGAAGCCACUCCUUCGUUGCCCGGGCGGUGUGUUUGGGAUCAUUGUCAUGCUGAAAGACCCAGCCACGUUUCAUCUUCAAUGCCCUUGCUGAUGGAAGGAGGUUUUCACUCAAAAUCUCACGAUACAUGGCCCCAUUCAUUCUUUCCUUUACACGGAUCAGUCGUCCUGGUCCCUUUGCAGAAAAACAUCCCCAAAGCAUGAUGUUUCCACCCCCAUGCUUCACAGUAGGUAUGGUGUUCUUUGGAUGCAACUCAGCAUUCUUUGUCCUCCAAACACGACGAGUUGAGUUUUUACCAAAAAGUUCUAUUUUGGUUUCAUCUGACCAUAUGACAUUCUCCCAAUCCUCUUCUGGAUCAUCCAAAUGCACUCUAGCAAACUUCAGACGGGCCUGGACAUGUACUGGCUUAAGCAGGGGGACACGUCUGGCACUGCAGGAUUUGAGUCCCUGGCGGCGUAGUGUGUUACUGAUGGUAGGCUUUGUUACUUUGGUCCCAGCUCUCUGCAGGUCAACCACCCCUGUGUGGUUCUGGGAUUUUUGCUCACCAUUCUUGUGAUCAUUUUGACCCCACGGGGUGAGAUCUUGCGUGGAGCCCCAGAUCGAGGGAGAUUAUCAGUGGUCUUGUAUGUCUUCCAUUUCCUAAUAAUUGCUCCCACAGUUGAUUUCUUCAAACCAAGCUGCUUACCUAUUGCAGAUUCAGUCUUCCCAGCCUGGUGCAGGUCUACAAUUUUGUUUCUGGUGUCCUUUGACAGCUCUUUGGUCUUGGCCAUAGUGGAGUUUGGAGUGUGACUGUUUGAGGUUGUGGACAGGUGUCUUUUAUACUGAUAACAAGUUCAAACAGGUGCCAUUAAUACAGGUAACGAGUGGAGGACAGAGGAGCCUCUUAAAGAAGAAGUUACAGGUCUGUGAGAGCCAGAAAUCUUGCUUGUUUGUAGGUGACCAAAUACUUAUUUUCCACCAUAAUUUGCAAAUAAAUUCAUAAAAAUCCUACAAUGUGAUUUUCUGGAUUUUUUUUGUCAUAGUUGACGUGUACCUAUGAUGAAAAUUACAGGCCUCUCUCAUCUUUUUAAGUGGGAGAACUUGCACAAGUGGUGGCUGACUAAAUACUUUUUUCCCCACUGUAAUUGAGUUUGGUCAUUUGUAGAUUCUUAUUGUGCUCUCUACUCUACCUCUCUGAAGGUUACUCAAGCAUGUGACUUCAUCUGAAAAAGUAGAAUCUGUUCCGAGCAAGCCGUGCCGCCACACCACAGGCUCAGCUGUACAAUCUUUCUGUCAUUUGUAGCUCUAAUCAAUGUCCUCAGGUUGCUUGAUGAGCUGAUUAAUUAAACGUGUAAUUGAACAUGUAUUGAAACCACAUACAUACAAGCACUGCAAGCGCUGUUAUCUCACUACUCUUCAAUGUAGCAUCUCUUCUCUUUCCCUCCUCCGCUCUGAGCCUGUUCUCUCUCUCCAUCUCCUUUUACUCAACCCCAUACUUUCCCUCCUCCAUUUUUCCAUGUCCAAAGGCUGUUAUUACAAAGAUCAAUACACGUGUUUAACAGUACCAAAGGCAUGUUCAGACAUGUUGUGAAUACACUCUCUCCCUGUGUGUCACUGCAGAGCACUCAAACUACUUUGGGACGGACGAGAAGCUGGGUCCGGUUGCUGUGAGUAUCCACAGGGAGAAACUGGAUGACACUAAAGACCUGAAGGACCAGUACCAGUACCGCAUCAUCGCCAGAACCAGUGAGGUACUAACCCACCCCCACCUCCCACUCCCUGCCUACACACAGCUAGAGGGAACACCGAGUAGGCUGAAUACUGACGCUGACAAAUGUGUGUGUGUUAGUGGUUAAGAGCGUUGUGCCAGUAAUCGAAAGGUCGCUGGUUCUAAUCCCCGAGCCGACUAGGUGAAAAAUCUGCCGAUGUGCCCUUGAGCAAGGCACUUAACCCUAAUUGCUCAUGUAAGUUGCUCUGGAUAAGAGCGUCUGCUAAAUGAUGUAAAUGUAAAUGUUGUUUGAGUAGGCAGAGUGUGCUUGAGACAUAGUGUGUGUGGGAGUGUGCGUUUUUGGACGCUGUUAUUUAUGCCUGGACUGGACCUCAGUGAGUCCCCACGGCCCAUGUUGGCUACACACACACUACCCUCUCCCUCCACACCUUCCCCUCACGCUCUUACCAAUCCCUCCAUUCUCUGCCAGUGGACAUUUCCACCUGACCAGGCCCUGCUCAGAACAGCCAAACACUGCCCCGGCACUGGUAAGCCUGCCUCCACUAAUACCCCAGCUAGUGAUGGGUCAAACCUCUUCAUUCAAGCGAAGAUGUAGCCUGACAACUCACACUAAAUUAUUCCGUUGCUCUGUCGUUCGCUACAUACUUUAGUUUGAGACUGCCAUCAUUGAAGUUGUUUGUGGUGAAGAGGGGCGUUGUACAAAACAAAGUCGUCAGCGAUUGGAUCGUCUCUAACCAAUCAAGAGUAUCAAAGCCAAUGACACAUUUUCAAACCGCCGCUUUACCCAUGUGUGUUCUGGCAAUCCAGGCCACGAUUUUUAGGGCUCUCGAGUCCACAUUUACCUGGCACUACCUUUCCUGCGCACACAGGUUCUCUCAUACUCUGAGACUGAUUGACAGAUUGACUUCCACUGCACAAAUAGCUAGCCUAAUAGACUGGGUGUACAUAGCAGUUCUGCUUGCUACCUGUCUAGUACAUGUGCUUUCCAAUAGUGACCAGUGAGUCCUGUGGCUGUGCCCCUUUGGCUGGCUGCUGCAAUCCCUCUUGUUGUUUUUAGCUGGAUUACAUGGCUGCCUGGCCUCAUCACCUUAGCCCCUGUGGAACAAUGGGCCGCUCCGCCGCCUGUGUCUACAGAGCUCAGCUCACACAGACACUCCACUCAGGCCUGCCCUUGGUUCCCACAGAGAGAGAGAACGGUACAACGCUCACAACCCCUCCUCCUCCUCUCAAACCCCCCCCCCCUUCCCAUACUUUCUCAUUGAAGUCUGAACGAUGCUGACGCAGCAUGCUGUAACCACACGACACACACUUACUCACUCAAUCACACAAAUCCACGUGCACACACACACAUUCUUACACACACCCCACAGAUGCCCCAUAUUGGCGCAGUCAGUCACUGCUUGACACCAACAUAGGGUUUCCCACCCUGCCUCUCAGGGGGAGAGAUGGAGUGGAGGCACUUGUUAGCGGUCACCGGGGGAAACACGGUAUGAAUAGUUACACGACAGGUUAUUGGCAACUAUUGGCUCUGCAUCUGAAAAAGGACUUAUAAAGUCCAGUGUCAGAGUAGAUCUAUAUUGUGCCAGAAGGCAAUCUGAUUAGCUGGAAUUUAACCUGCACUGUUUAGGUGUUUCUUUUCCCCCACGCCAAACCCUUGACUUCGUUAAGGUGAAGCACUCUCACGCCCCGUCUAGCUCUUCAGCAGUGUGUUGCAGUUUUAAUGAAGCAAGGUGCCGUGGUCUCUGAGUACACUGAAUAAAAUACAACUCUCUCAGCGCCUGAGAUUAUUAUAGCCCCGCUGUCUGGAAACACCCCAAGUACAGGUCUCCACUCUAGGGAUCACUCCGGUGCACGGCACUAUGGGAAGUAAGAAGCUUUUAAAGAUUGCAGAUAUGCACCUACUGAAGACAUUUGUCCUAUUUCUCAAUGUCUCAAAAAAAACUCCCAGAGACAUAGAUGGAAGAAAGUUCUCUGCAUGUCAAUGGACAAUAAAGUUAAUCUUAUCUCCUUUGUGUGUGUGUUUUACAUCUCUAAUGAUUCCCAUGUCCUCUUUGUGUCUAGCUGGUGACGUUGCGGGGGUCCAUCCUGGAGGAUGCAGUGGCCUCCACGGGGAGGCACGGCACGGUGCGCGGUCUCCCCCUGAAGGAGGUGCUGGAGCAGGUGGUCCCGGAGCUCAGUGUGUCCUGCCUGCGCCUGGCUCUCAGCACGCCCAAGGUCACCGAGCAGCUCCUCAAACUGGACGAACAGGGGGUGAGUCCGCGGGCCGUGGUCUCAGCCACAAGUUAUAUGACAUCUCUGUGUGUCUGUCUUUUAUCACCUCUGAUAUCACCAUCUAUAGCUACAGUCAUAAACACUAGAUAGGUGUGUCUCUGUUUGAGCCAGGGUGCGGCAGCCGUGUGUGAAGGCGGUCUAAUAUUUGUUUCUUCUCCGAUUUAGCUGAGUCAGAAGCACAAGGUGGGGGUGCUGCUGUGUCGGGCAGGGCAGAGCACCGAAGAGGAGAUGUAUAACAACGAAGAGGCCACGCCCUGCUUCUCCGCCUUCAUGGACCUGCUGGGGGAGCAGGUGUGCCUCCGAGGCUUCACCAACUACGCCGCCCAGCUGGACACCAAGAGUAUGUGUCUGUGUGUGUGUGUGUGUGGGAGGGUGGGUAGUGUGUGUGUGUGUCGGUGUGUGUGCGUCUGUGUGUGAGGGGGUGGGUAGUAGGGUUACGUUUUGUUUUUGCAGUCAUAGAAUGAUAGACUAAAGGCCUAGGUGUGAAUACUGAGUAAAAUGAGUGAUUCCUGUCAUAUGGUGCAUGAAUAUAAAAACACUGUUGCUACAUAACUGCCUAUGAAGUCAACCGUUUAGAAAAAUAGUUGGAGGUAUGUGGUUUCCUAAAACAGUAUUGUAAUUCUCUACAGACUGGUUUUUGAUGUGGUGCUUUCUUUCCAUUGAGUUCAUGCCCUGGUGCUGAACUGGGACUGGAUCACGGAAUGUUAACCGUGUGUUUGCUUGUGCGUGUGUGUGUGUGUUUGUUUCUCUCUCUCGGUUUCCCCCAGCUGACUCGACGGGCACACACUCCCUGUACACCACCUACCAGGGCUAUGAGGUCAUGUUCCACGUCUCCACCAUGCUGCCCUACAUGCCCAACAACCCCCAGCAGGUGAGACCAACACACACACACAGCACAGUCUACCACAGCCCACCCCCAAACACCUUCAUAUCUCAGAUUCAGAAGACACAAGGCUGACAGAGACAAAAAGGGUUAACUAUUUUGUGUAUGUGGUUUGUUAUAGCUCUACGCUAUAGUUUAUCUGGCUCGGACAUGGACAAUUGCAGCUGCUCAUGAAAUAGAACUUCUCUCUGCCCCUCUCCUUCUCUUUUAGAGUGUUGUUCCUCUUCAGUUCUGUGUCUGUAGUAUCUUUGUUCUCUUUGAAUGGGCGUUUCAGUCCUCUCUCUCUCUUUCUCUCUCUUUUAUAACUGGAUCAAAGCUGGGUGGGGCUCAGUCUCUACAUUUUUAGAGACUAUUUUUCGCUUUCUGCUUUAAAUAAAGCUGCCUUCCUACAUAUCCCUCAGGGCGUUGUGUUAACGGUGUGUGUGAGUGAACUGUGUCAGUUGUUAAGCUGCACGUGUAUGUUUAAAUCGUUUGCUCAAGUGUUUGCAUGAGAACUUAAUGUGGGUGAAUGCACAAGGUUAUUUAAACCCCACGAGUGUGCUGAUAUUUGUAAUGUGCUGCUAAAAGUAUCUAUGUUCAUUGAAUACAUGCCAACUGUUGCAAGCACAUACACUACAUGACCAAAAGUAUGUGGACAGUUCUUGUGCUGACAUUGCUUCCAGAGGCAGCUUGGAACUCGGAAGUGAGUGUUACAACCGAGGACAUACGGUUUUUACGUGCUACGCGCUUCAGUACUCGCCGGUCCCGUUCUGUGAGCUUGUGUGGCCUACCACUUCGCGGCUGAGCCGUUGUUGCUCCUAGUCGUUUCCACUUCACAAUAACAGCACUUACAGUUGAACGGGGCAGAUCUAGCAGGGCAGAAAUUUGACAAACUGACUUGUUGGAAAGGUGGCAUCCUAUGACGGUGCCACAUUGAAAGUCACUGAGCUCUUCAGUAAGGCCUUUCUACUGCCAGUGUUUGUGUAUGGAGAUUGCAUGGCUGUGUGCUCGAUUUUAUACACCUGUCAGCAACGAGUGUGGCUGAAAUUGCAAAAUCCACUAAUUUGAAGGAGUGUCCACAUACUUUUGUAUAUAUAGUGUAUAGUUGCUAAUACAUACAACUGUUGCUAACAGUAUGCAAACAGCAGCCUAUGUAUGUGAAUGGGUAGGUUAUGAAAACUCUGUUUAAGCUAUAUUUACAGAGAUUCCAAGGCUAUCACUGUUAAUGAGAAUUAGUUCUCAGUUGACCAGCCUGGUUAAUUAAAUAAUGAGUUCGAUGAAUAAAAUAUAAACGAUGUAUGAAGGGUUACGUCAAAGACGGUACAGUAUGAAGAUAGGCAGAAACUGCUUCUCCAAUAGAAAUCCCCGGUCACACUUGAAGGCGAUGUCAUGGCGACAUUAGCUAGCAUAGGGUCGAACGGUCAUGUCGUGCCGAACUGCGCAUGUGCAGACCGUCAAAUGAAAGGCACUCCUUCGAAAUAAAGUUGUUUUUGAUUUUAGAUUUUUUUUCGUGACAGUUUGUCACUUUCACAAGGUUGUAGUAAUGACACGUUCAGCUACUUAAGACAGUGGCUCGAAUCUAGGUUUUGCCUUUAGAAUUCAAGAAAAUUAACAACUGAGGAUUUAUUUUUCACUUCUCCCAUUGUUUGCCAAACCCCUGUCUGGUCUGUCAAGUCUGCUUCCAGAUGCAUUCCCAGAAGUAUCGCGAUGUUGAGCCUCUGGGUUUGAAAACUCUGUGGUUAAGCCAUGUGUGUACGUGUCCCUGACUGUGAAAUACUUUUCUAGGAGUGUGGGUGUGUAAACGGUACAAUGGGAGAGAAUAGAUUAAUAUUCAGCAGCUGACUCCAUCCAGAGGCUCAUAGGCAACAGCAGCAACAUUUUUACUUCUGCCAUGCAACCUCUAGGUGUCAGUGUUGAUCACCAAUAAACCCUUACUCAGAGAGGGACGGAGAGGAGAGAGGGAGAGAUGUUAGAAAGUCAGUUGGUCGAGAGAGAGAAGAGGUGACUGUGACUAAGGGAACUCAUGUCUCAGGCAUACAGAGCUCCAGCAGCAUCCCAUAGGGUGUGUGUGUAAGCUUUAUGCUGUUUUAUAUCAUUGACACUUUCACACUGCUGCAGAAAGAGAGGGUUGGCAAGCACCGCAAUAGACACAGUAUGGAUUCUGUCACUGUGUGACUGACAUUGACACAUACUCAAUCAAAUUCUCAAUAGCUACACUCAUUGUGAGAGAAAUUUAGCAUUACAUAAAGAUAUGUUUGUUUGCCUCAGCAGUUCUCUCACUGCCUAUAUCUGCAUCACAAUCUCAGACCUACAUCCACAUAGACUGGGACCAAUCUGUAUCUCUCUCGCUCUGUCUCAGACCUACAUCCACAUAGACUGGGACCAAUCUGUAUCUCUCUCGCUCUGUCUCUCAGACCUACAUCCGCAUAGACUGGGACCAAUCUGUAUCUCUUGUUCUGUCUCUCAGACCUACAUCCGCAUAGACUGGGACCAAUCUAUAUCUCUUGUUCUGUCUCUCAGACCUACAUCCGCAUAGACUGGGACCAAUCUGUAUCUCUUGUUCUGUCUCUCAGACCUACAUCCGCAUAGACUGGGACCAAUCUGUAUCUCUUGUUCUGUCUCUCAGACCUACAUCCGCAUAGACUGGGACCAAUCUGUAUCUCUUGUUCUGUCUCUCAGACCUACAUCCGCAUAGACUGGGACCAAUCUGUAUCUCUUGUUCUGUCUCUCAGACCUACAUCCGCAUAGACUGGGACCAAUCUGUAUCUCUCUCGCUCUUUCUCUCUCGCUGACUUUUCAUUACAUUACAUUACAUUUCCUAACAAUAUACUGGUGCGAUAGUGAGUCAAGUGAGCUCGUGUGCCAAUUCUGUCUCACUCAUGUUCAUUUGUGUUUGUUUGGUCUCCCCGUUCACUCUCCUCUCCUCCCUCCCUCUACUUCUGUUUGUUUCUCCCUCUGCCUCACACUUGUUUCUGUCUCCCUCUUUCACUUGUUCCUUUUUGCUCUCCCUACCUCACUCCUUCCCCCUCUACCUUUUCUCUCUCAGCUCCUGAGGAAGAGGCACAUAGGGAACGACAUCGUCACUAUAAUCUUCCAGGAGCCGGGAGCGCUGCCCUUCACCCCUCAGAACAUCCGCUCCCACUUCCAGCACGUGUUCGUCAUCGUCCGCGUGCACAACCCCUGCUCUGACAACACCUGCUACAGGUAGGACACACACAUACUAACUUUCACCAUGGCGUCCAUUAUGCUGUUUUUAUUGGUCGAUUGUUGAUGGUUGUUUUUUCUCCUCUCUCCUCAGUGUGGCUGUGACGCGUAUGAAGGACGUGCCUCCCUUCGGCCCACCCAUCCCCAGCGGGGUGAUGUUCCGCGACCCUGAAGCCUUCCGCAACUUCCUCUUGGCCAAGGUCAUCAAUGCAGAGAGCGCUGCGCACAAGUCUGAGAAGUUCCACACCAUGGCCACGCGCACGCGACAGGAGUACCUCAGAGACUUAGCCGAGAAUUGUGUGAGCAGUACGCCGCUUGACUCCGCGGGCAAACUCAACAACCUCAUCUCGCUGGCGUCGAAGAAGAGAGAGCGGGCGCGGGCGAGAGAGGGGGCAGAGUUGGGAGCGGCCGGGGCGGUGGCGUGGCGGGUGCUGGCCCAGGACUUCAGUGGCGGCGGGACGGAGAUCUCCUGCGCUCUGGGCGUGUCGGCAGAGUAUAUCCUCCUGGCAGACUGCAACACCAAGGAAGUGGUGUUCAACUGCUUCUGCGCCGACGUGAUCGGCUGGACGCCAGAGAGGCUGGCGCUGAAGAUCUUCUAUGGGAGAGGAGACCACAUCGCCGUCAGAGUCCCCGAGGGCUUUGCUCAGGACAUCAGGGAGGUGGUGCAGAGGUUAAAGGUGAGCAGGCAGAGGUCACAGAGCUGGGGAAGGUUUACCAGAUGUAUGGUGGUGGAAGAGGCACAGGAGCAGGGAAGAGAGUUUAACUGUUAUUUUUUUGUAGAAGGAAUAGCCUGGGUACCACCUCCCUACAUUGUUGCUUAAGACAAUUAAUAGUUUGCUAAAGCAGACACAGACAGGCACCCAGGCUAAGAUGACUGAUACUGAAACAAAAAUCCAUGAAAAUAGCAUGUUUGGCUGUUGUUGGUGUAUGGCAGUAUAAUGAUGUAUUUAAUGAUGCAUUUAAAACCACUAGCCUUUUGAAGCCCUUUUAUUUGCUGAAAGCCCCUAACCUCUUCCCCCUCCCUCCCACCCCAGGCGCUGACGGUGGGCUGUGAGACAGUGGAUAUGACUCUGAGGAGGAACGGCCUGGGACAGCUGGGGUUCCACGUCAGUCUGGACGGCACCGUGGCUGAGGUACUUUUCCCAUCAUUUAUAAAACAUAUUUUUCUAUAAAUUCAUGUAAAAUCCAUUAAAAAUCCAACGGAAGUUUAUAUUGAAAGUAAGGCUAUUUUUCAAAUUAUGUUUAUUUGACGUGCUUUAGGUGGAGGAGUACGGCUUCGCCUGGCAGGCAGGGCUGAGGCAGGGCAGCCGGUUGGUGGAGAUCUGCAAGGUUGCCGCGGUAACCCUGACACACGAGCAGAUGAUCGACCUACUGAGGACUUCAGUCACCGUUAAAGUGGUGAUCAUACCGCCAUACGAGGAGGGAGGGCCCCGCAGGUCAGUGUGUGUGUGUGUGUGUGUGUGUGUUUAUCUAUGUGUUUGGGUGUAUGUGAGUUUGAGUGUCUGUGUGUGAAAAUGAAUGUUUGUGUGUUAGAUGUCAAAGCAUCAUCCUGCCUCUAAGUAUGUGUGGUAGAGAGACAAGAUGCACAACUCACAGCAACACCAACAGAGCUGAGAGAUGGUGGCCAGACAUCUCUGUUCUGAGGAGAGUUUUGAGUGGGAUUGUGUGAAAGAGAGAGAGGUGAGAGGCGCAUGGUCUGAACAUGUGUGAAUCCCUGGAGGUGGUGAAAGAGGAGAGGGAAAGAAAGAGACGGAUAGAACAAACUAACAAUCAAUAGAAUGAAUACACAAUUUCCUUUCAAGCUUUCUUAUUCCCCAUCUCUCGGUCUGUCCAUCAAGGCCUGUGUUUUUCACGUCCAUCUCCCUCAGCCUCACUCUUUAUCUCUCUCUCUCUCUCUUGGGAUCUCCCCUUCCCCCAUCUCUUUUUUGGCUCCGUUCCUCUCAACCUUUCUUCUGAGUAUGGGCCUUGAGUACAGUGCGAUAAUGAGGCUCUGUUAAAUACUGUGGGGUUGAAUGUUACUGAGAUUAAUACGCACUGAGUACACAUAAUGUGACUAGUCUCUACUCGAUAUAUAGCCCAGCUUGGUUAUGUCCCAAAUGGCACCCUUUUCCCUAUUUAGUGUACUACUUUUGAACAGGUCCCAUAGGGCUCUGGUUAAAAGUAGUCCACUAUAUAGGGAAUAGGGUGCCAUUUGGGAUGCAGCCCGAGUGUGCUGCUCCGUAGUUGGUCACAAGUAGCAGGAUGUCUGUUCUUGAUUGAGUCGGGGUUCCUAAAUAUAGUAAUUGUGCCGCCGGGGCUGUGUGAUUGCACAGUGGUUGGAUUUCUUUAAUGUGCAAGGCAGUUUAAUUGCAUGACUUAAAACCCCCUUUGAUACACACACACACACUCGUAUGCGCACACACACACAUGCUCACUCCACACACACUACGUAAUUAGUCUUGUAUUUCACUCUUUCUGUUUCUCCCUCUCUUUUUCACCCCCCCCCCAACCCCCCCCCCCCCCCCCCCCCCCCCUCUCUCUCGAUCACACUCGUUUGCUAUAGUGUGCCAGGACAACAGAUUGCAUGAGAUUAAGGCCCGGAAUCUGCAGAAAGAGGGAAAAUAAAUAAAUAAAAAGAGGCGAUUAAUUAAAAAUGCAUGCUCAGUGCGAAUGAAAAGGGUAGAAAAGGAGGGAGGAGGGAGCGAGGUAGUGUGGGUACAGUAGGAUACCCGGCAUAGAGGAGCUUGAAUGGGAAGACGUGUCUGAACACCUCUUAGGUGGGAGAAGCCAAGUGAGUGGGAGAGUGAAAGAGAAAGAACGGCCUUCACUUCUUCCUCUCCCCCUCCCUGUGUGUACUGUGGACAGGAGAGCGAUAUAGAGAUGCAGUAGAGAGAGAGUGUGUGUGUGUGUGUGUUUGCUCGCGGAAUGUGUGUGAGAGCGAGAGCUCCAGCUGUCAGGCCGGCCAUUGCGAUGGAGGGUUCUCUGGAAGUGGGCACUGGUGUUUUCUCUCUCUAAGGUUGGUACUCUGGUGUGUGUGCGUCAUGCGUGUUAUCGAGUGUCUGUAUGUGUGAGGGUUGUUUCGUGACUUGACAUUGGCAGUUAUAUUUGUGUGUUUGUGUUGGAUCUAGGUUUUUCCUUCCAAGGUUGGUUAGUAUUGGUAUAUAUGUAUGAGAGUGAUAGAGAGACCAUAAUUCUACUCAUACAAUGUCUCCUGGUAUCUUUCGUACAGACAGAGCAUGUGAUGUUGCGUUGUCUCCUCUGUGUGUGUGCUCUGUUUACCUUGGCCUGCAGCGGUAGUAGUGGUGUUUGUUUGUUGUUUUCUAAAGCAGUCUAGGGCUUAGUGUGGCCAGGCCAGUGUGAUUGAGCUUAAUCCAGGUCAAAAAGGAGGGGACAGAUCACACAGACACACAUACAGAGACACACACACACAGACACACAUACAGAGACACACACACACAGACACACACUGGACAAUCUGCUCCUGUCCAACUCCUCUUUGAUUCUCUGCUCCUCCACUCCUCUCUUGUCCUCUUCUUGUCCGUUACCUAGGCUAUAUUCAUAUUUUCUUUCACUUUCUCCACUUCUCAUCCCAUUUCCUCCUUUUCCUUGUGCUCUAAUUUAUUCCUUUUUCCUUUUCUUCCCUUCUCUUUACCCCCCCUCUUUCUUUCUCCUCUCUUCCCUCCCCCUGUCCUCGUGUCUAUUUUCCCUCUUCCCCUCUCACCUCUCCGCUCCCUCCCUGUUACAGUGAUGUACAUUGUCUGAUGUCUGAGGCAGCCUUUGCUGUGGCGGUGUGAUGCCUCUUUAACAUCCAAUAAUAGACUUUACCAUGAAAUAGUGAUGAAGGAUGAAAGAUGUACAGUUGAAGUCAGGAGUUUACAUACACUUAGGUUGGAGUCAUUAAAACUAAUUUUUCAACCACUCCACAAAUUUCUUGUUAACAAACUAUAGUUUUAGCAAGUCGGUUAGGACAUCUACUUUGUGCAUGACAAAAGUAAUUUUUCCAACAAUUGUUUACAGACAGAUUAUUUCACUUAUAAUUCACUGUAUCACAAUUCCAGUGGGUCAGAAGUUUACAUACACUAAGUUGACUGUGCCUUUAAACAGCUUGGAAAAUUCCAGAAAAUGAUGUCAUGGCUUUAGAAGCUUCUGAUAGGCUAACUGACAUAAUUUGAGUCAAUUGGAGGUGUACCUGUGGAUGUAUUUCAAGGCCUCCCUUCAAACUCAGUGCCUCUUUGCUUGACAUCAUGGGAAAAUCAAAAGAAAUCGGCCAAGACCUCAGAAAAAAGAUUGUAGACCUCCACAGGUCUUGUUCAUCCUUGGGAGCAAUUUCCAAACGCCUGAAGGUACCACGUUCAUCUGUACAAACAAUAGUACGCAAGUAUAAACACCAUGGGACCACGCAGCCGUCAUACCGCUCAGGAAGGAGACUCGUUCUGUCUGCUAGAGAUGAACGUACUUAGGUGCGAAAAGUGCAAAUCAAUCCCAGAACAACAGCAAAGGACCUUGUGAAGAUGCUGGAGGAAACAGUUACAGAAGUAUCUAUAUCCACAGUAAAACGAGUCCUAUAUUGACAUAACCUGAAAGGCCGCUCAGCAAGGAAGAAGCCACUGCUCCAAAACCGCCAUAAAAAAUCCAGACUACAGUUUGCAACUGCACAUGGGGACAAAGAUUGUACUUUUUGGAGAAAUGUCCUCUGGUCUGAUGAAACAAAAAUAGAACUGUUUGGCCAUAAUGACCAUCGUUAUGUUUAGAGGAAAAAGGGGGAUGCUUGCAAGCCGAAGAUUACCAUCCCAACUGUCAAGCACGGGGGUGGCAGCAUCAUGCUGUGGGGGUGCUUUGCUGCAGGAGGGACUGGUGCACUUCACAAAAUAGAUGGCAUCAUGAGGAAGGAAAAUUAUGUGGAUAUAUUGAAGCAACAUCUCAAGACAUCAGUCAGGAAGUUAAAGCUUGGUCGCAAAUGGGUCUUCCAAAUGGACAAUGACCCCAAGCAUACGCGAUGUCAUUUACAAAAUAGCCUCCAACACUCUACUCAGCAAAUUGGAUGUAGUCUAUCACAGUGCCAUCCGUUUUGUCUCCAAAGCCCCAUACACUACCCACCACUGUGACCUGUACGCUCUUGUUGGCUGGUCCUCACUACAUGUUCGUCGUCAAACCCACUGGCUCCAGGCCAUCUAUAAAUCACUGCUAGGCAAAUCCCCGCCUUAUCUUAGCUCAUUGGUCACCAUAGCAGCACCCACCCGUAGUCUGCGCUCCAGCAGGUAUAUCUCACUGGUCAUUCCCAAAGCCAACACCUCCUUUGGCCGCCAUUCCUUCCAGUUCUCUGCUGCCAAUGACUGGAACGAAUUGCAAAAAUCUCUGAAGCUGGAGACACUUAUCUCCCUCACUAACUUUAAGCAUCAGUUGUCAGAGCACCUUACCGAUCACUGCACCGGUACACAGCCCAUCUGAAAUUAGCCCACCCAACUACCUCAUCCCUAUAUUGUUAUUUAUUUUGCUCUUUUGCACCCCAGUAUCUCUAUUUGCACAUAAUCUCUUGCACAUCUAGCAUUCCAGUGUUAAUACUAUUGUAAUUAUUUUGCACUAUAGCCUAUUUAUUGCCUUACCUCCAUAACUUGCUACAUUUGCACACACUGUAUAUAUAUUUUCUGUUGUAUUUUUGACUUUAUGUUUUUUUACCCCAUAUGUAACUCUGUGUUGUUUUUAUCGCACUGCUUUGCUUUAUCUUGGCCAGGUCGCAGUUGUAAAUGAGAACCUGUUCUCAACUGGCUUACCUGGUUAAAUAAAGGUGAAAUAAAAAAAUAAAAAAUACUUCCAAAGUUGUGCAAAAUGGCUUAAGGACAACAAAGUCAAGGUAUUGGAGUGGCCAUCACAAAGCCCUGACCUCAAUCCUAUAGAACAUUUGUGGGCAGAACUGAAAAAGCGUGUGUGAGCAAGGAGGCCUACUAACCUGACUCAGUUACACCAGCUCUGUCAAGAGGAAUGGGCCAAAAUUCACCCAACUUAUUGUGGGAAGCUUGUGGAAGGCUACCCGAAACGUUUGACCCAAGUUAAACAAUUUAAAGGCAAUGCUACAAUAUACUAAUUGAGUGUAUGUAAACUUCUGACCCACUGGGAAUGUGAUGAAAGCUGAAAUAAAUAUUUCUCUCUACUAUUAUUCUGACAUUUCACAUUCUUAAAAUAAAGUGAUGAUCCUAACUGACCUAAAACAGGGAAUUUUUACUUGGAUUAAUUGUCAGGAAUUGUGAAAAACUGAGUUUAAAUGUAUUUGGCUAAGGUGUAUGUAAACUUCCGACUUCAACUGUAUGUGCUGUUUCUGCUCAAUGCUUUAGUGAGGAUGUUGAGAGGGUAAGCCUGUCAUACUGUGCUGGGUGAAACAACAGGGAUCUAUUGCUAUUGGUCUCUUGAGUAGAAAAUGAGAAGACAUCCCACUGAAACUGAUGUUGGUCAUUAUUACGUCAUUGAGGGUGUACCUUUAGGUUUGCUAGAGAUUUCAUGUGCAUUGUAUGUGGUACUGCAGUGACAACUAGAAGGGUCCAGGUCAUGACUGUUUAGGGGAAGUUGAAGAAAAGCCUGAUAUCUCACAGGAUCUAAUGAAAGUAUUUAACUAGUCACCUAAAACAACCAUUUCCACAUGCCUUGCGUGUAUAAACUCAAUGCAAGUUGACCCAUCUAGGCUACAUACACACGAAUAGGCUGACAGAGAGAAUCUUUAUGAGAUUAGAGGUUUAUUCUGCCCAAAUUAAUACUUCAGUGACAACUGGGUGACUAAAAGGUCAAGGCUUGGAUUCAAUCUGUACGCAUGCUCAUAGAAACACAUUACUCACACACUUGACCAAGGCCUCACAGUAGGGGAUAGAGUCGUAAUGCCGUGCAGUAGCAGAGAGAACAGUCUAUGACUAGGGUGGCUGGAGUCUUUUACAAUUUUUAGGGCCUUCCUCUGACACCACCUGGUAUAGAGGUCCUGGAUGGCAGGAAGCUUGACCCCAGUGAUGUACUGGGCGGUACGCACUACCCUCUGUAGUGCCUUAAGGUCGGAGGACGAGCAGUUGCCAUACAAGGCAGUGAUGCAACCAGUCAGGAUGCCCUCGAUGGUGCAGCUGUAGAACCUUUUGAGGAUCUGAGGACCCAUGCCAAAUCUUUUCGGUCUCCUUAGGGGGAAUAGGUUUUGUCGUGCCCUCUUCACGACUGUCUUGGUGUGCUUGGACCAUGUUAGUUUGUUGGUGAUGUGGACACCAAGGAACUUGAAGCUCUCAACCUGCUCCGCUACAGCCCCGUCGAUGAGAAUGGGGGCGUGCUCAGUCAUCUGUUUUUUCCUGUACUCCACAAUCAUCUCCUUUGUCUUGAUCACGUUGAGGGAGAGGUUGUUGUCCUGGCACCAUAUGGCCAAGUCUCUUACCUCCUCCCUGUAGGCUGUCUCGUCGUUGUCGGUGAUCAGGCCUACCACUGUUGUGUCAUCGGCAAACUUAAUGACGGUGUUGGAGUCAUGCCUGGCCGUGCAGUCAUGAGUGAACAGGGAGUACAGGAGGGGACUGGGCACACACCCCUGAGGGGCACCGUGUUGAGGAUCAGCGUGGCGGAUAUGUUGUUACCUACCCUUACUACCUGGGGGCGGCCCGUCAGGAAGUCCAUGAUCCAGUUGCAGAGGGAGGUGUUUAGUCCCAGGGUCCUUAGCUUAGUGAUGAGCUUUGAGGGCACUAUGGUGUUGAACGCUGAGCUGUAGUCAAUGAAUAGCAUUCUCACAUACAGUGAGGGAAAAAAGUAUUUGAUCCCCUGCUGAUUUUGUACGUUUGCCCACUGACAAAGAAAUGAUCAGUCUAUAAUUUUAAUGGUAGGUUUAUUUGAACAGUGAGAGACAGAAUAACAACAGAAAAACGCAUGUCGAAAAUGUUAUAAAUUGAUUUGCAUUUUAAUGAGGGAAAUAAGUAUUUGACCCCCUCUCAAUCAGAAAGAUUUCUGGCACCCAGGUGUCUUUUAUACAGGUAACGAGCUGAGAUUAGGAGCACAUUCUUAAAGGGAGUGCUCCUAAUCUCAGCUUGUUACCUGUAUAAAAGACACCUGUCCACAGAAACAAUCAAUCAAUCAGAUUCCAAACUCUCCACCAUGGCCAAGACCAAAGAGCUCUCCAAGGAUGUCAGGGACAAGAUUGUAGACCUACACAAGGCUGGAAUGGGCUACAAGACCAUUCUGAGAAGGUGACCAUCGUUAUGUUUAGAGGAAAAAGGGGGGCGCUUGCAACCCGAAGAACACCAUCCCAACCGUGAAGAACGGGGGUGGCAGCAUCAUGCUGUGGGGGUGCUUUGCUGCAGGAGGGACUGGUGCACUUCACAAAAUGGAUGGGGAAGGAAAAUUAUGUGGAUAUAUUGAAGCAACAUCUUGUGGUCCUCUGUAGCUCAGCUGGUAGAGCACGGCGCUUGUAACGCCAAGGUAGUGGGUUUGAUCCCCGGGACCACCCAUACACAAAAAUGUAUGCACGCAUGACUGUAAGUCGCUUUGGAUAAAAGCGUCUGCUAAAUGGCAUAUUAUUAUUAUUAUUAUUAUUAUUAUUAUCUCAAGACAUCAGUCAGGAAGUUAAAGCUUGGUCGCAAAUGGGUCUUUCAAAUGGACAAUGACCCCAAGCAUACUUCCAAAGUUGUGGCAAAAUGGCUUAAGGACAACAAAGUCAAGGUAUUGGAGUGGCCAUCACAAAGCCCUGACCUCAAUCCUAUAGAACAUUUGUGGGCAGAACUGAAAAAGUGUGUGCGAGCAAGGAGACCUACAAACCUGACUCAGUUACACCAGCUCUGUCAGGAGGAAUGGGCCUAAAUUCACCCAACUUAUUGUGGGAAGCUUGUGGAAGGCUACCUGAAACGUUUGACCCAAGUUAAACAAUUUAAAGGCAAUGCUACGAAAUAUUAAUUGAGUGUAUGUAAACUUCUGACCCACUGGGAAUGUGAUGAAAUAAAUAAAAGCUGAAAGAAAUAAUUCUCUCUACUAUUAUUCUGACAUUUCACAUUCUUAAAAUAAAGUGGUGAUCCUACCUGACCUAAAACAGGGAAUUUUUACUAGGAUUAAAUGUCAGGAAUUGUGAAAAACUGAGUUUAAAUGUAUUUGGCUAAGGUGUAAACUUCCGACUUCAUCUGUAGUGUUGUCUACAGCUUAUCAUGAGAUACUUUACCUCAUGCGAGCAAAACCUUGAGACUUCCUUAGAUAUCGUGUACCAGCUGUUGUUUACAAAUAUACAUAGACCGCCACCCCUUGUCUUACCAGAGGCUGCUGUUCUAUCCUGCCGAUACUGUGUAUAACCCACCAGCUGUGUGUGUGUGUGUAAGCAGCUAUGACAUCUUUCUAGUUGUUUUCUAGUCUGGUGUUAGUGUGUGGUCCUCUGUAGCUCAAUUGGUAGAGCAUGGCGCUUGUAACGCCAGGGUAGUGGGUUCGAUCCCCGGGACCACCCAUACGUAAAAAAUGUACGCGCACAUGACUGUAAGUCGCUUUGAAUAAAAGCGUCUGCUAAAUGGCAUAUUAUAUUAUUAUAUUAUAAUGUUCUAUGUGAAGGGUUUAGUCUUGCAAUACCACUGCAGUACCACUGACUCUCCAUUCCCUCUGUAUGUCUGUAGGGGCUGUACAGAGGAAUAUGAGAUGAAGAACAUGGAGCAGAAGCCAGAGGCUGAGCCUGUGGCAGCAGGGUAUCGGCCCUCCCCUCGCACCCCUGCCUGGCGCUGGGACAGCCCCCCCACCCCUCAGCGCUGGACCCCUAUGGGCCCCCCACCACCCCAACCCCGCUCACACAAAGCCGUUGUCAUGCCUGUCCAAUACAGAGAGCCCCAGCACCUCUCCAACAAGAGGUGAGACACUGACGUGUGAUUGUUUGUCAUGUGCUUAGACACUGGUGUAGUUGCCCUUGUUUGCUUCAGUGUCUUGAGCCGGUGGUCCUAUGCUUAUGGCCUGAUGUCAUUCUCAUAAAUGCUCAGACGAUGAGGUUAUUCUUAUAAAAACGUAAAGCAAGACCAAAAAGACCAUGAUUUUGGGGAUUUUCAUGAAAUGUAACCCAUACAAUGGUCCUUUGAAGGAAAGAUUGUUUACAUACAAUACCAGUCAAAGGUUUGGACACACCUACUCAUUCCAGGGUUUUUCUUUAUUUUUACUAUUUUCUACAUUGUAGAAUAAUAGUGAAGACAUAAACUAUGAAAUAACACAUAUGGAAUCAUGUAGUAACCAAAAAAGUGUUAAACAAAUUUCUUCAAAUAGCCACCCUUUGCCUUGAUGACAGCUUUGCACACUCUUGGCAUUCUCUCAACCAGCUUCAUGAGGUAGUCACCUGGAAUGAAUUUCAAUUAACAGUUGUGCCUUCUUAAAAGUUAAUUUGUGGAAUUUCUUUCCUUCUUAAUGCGUUUGAGCCAAUCAGUUGUGUUGUAACAAGGUACGGGGGGUAUACAGAAGAUAGCCCUAUUUGGUAAAGGUCAUUAGAGUUACCAGCCUCAGAAAUUGCAUCAUCUGUGGAUCUGUUGGGGCGGUAUGCAAAUUGGAGUGGGUCUAGGGUUUCUGGGAUAAUGGUGUUGAUGUGAGCCAUGACCAGCCUUUCAAAGCACUUCAUGGCUACAGACAUUAGUGAUACGGGUCUGGAGUUAUUUAGGCAGGUUACCUUAGUGUUCUUGGGCACAGCGACUAUGGUGGUCUGCUAAGGUGAGCAAAGUGGGCCUAUUGACGGAUUCAAAUAUAAAAAGAAUGAUGAUGGUACAGUUAACAAGUACAAGGUUAUUUGCAAGAUUUGUAAGAAGGAGUUUCAAUUUCACCGGAGCUGUUCAAGCUUGAAGUACCAUGUCAACGCCAAACAUGCGUUUGCUGGGCCGUCAGAUUCAGCAAGUGGUUUGCGCCAGACCACGCUGAAUGUUUGCAGGCAAUUAACAAAAUCAACCUCAGAUAAUUUGACCAACACAAUAGCAAAAUGGAUUGCAAAGGAUUGUAGACCCAUUAGCAUUGUAGAAGACUCAGGUUUCCUUGAUGUUUUGCAAGUGGCGUCUCAAGACUCAUUCUAUAAGCCACCGUCAAGAGCCACAGCCAAAGACAAAUAUUAUGGUGUGUAGUAUGUUUCAGCUUGAUUUAAAACACCAUUAUUUGGCUGUGUUAAUAAACAGACAUAAUAUGAAAAUUAUGUAUCUGUGUCCUGUUAUUUAUGUUUUAAUGUUGGUAUUACAGACUCAGUCAGGGAGAGGUUGAAAAUGUUAGUGAAGACACUUGCCAGUUGGUCAGCGCAUGCUCGGAGUACACGUCCUGGUAAUCCGUCUGGCCCUGCGGCCUUGUGAAUGUUGACCUGUUUAAAGGUCUUACUCACAUCGGCUACGGAGAGCGUGAUCACACAGUCGUCCGGAACAGCUGAUGCUCUCAUGCAUGCUUCAAUGUUGCUUGCCUUGAAGCAAGCAUAGAAGUGAUUUAGCUCGUCUGGUAGGCUCGUGUCACUGGGCAGCUCGCGGCUGUGCUUCCCUUUUUAGUCUGUAAUAGUUUGCAAGCCCUGCCACAUCCGACGAGCGUCGGAGCUGGUGUAGUACGAUUCAAUCUUAGUCCUGUAUUGACACUUUGCCUGUUUGAUGUUCAGAGGGCAUAGCAGGAUUUCUUGUAAGCGUCCGGGUUAGAGACCCGCUCCUUAAAAGUGGCAGCUCUACCCUUUAGCUCAGUGCGGAUGUUGCCUGUAAUCCAUGGCUUCUGGUUGGGGUAUGUACGUACAGUUACUGUGGGGACGACGUCAUCGAUGCACUUAUUGAUGAAGCCAGUGACUGAUGUGGUGUACUCCUCAAUGCCAUCGGAAGAAUCCCGGAACAUAUUCCAGUCUGUGUUAGCAAAACAUUCCUGUAGCUUAGCAUCUGCGUCAUCUGACCACUUCUUUGUUGACCGAGUCACUGGUGCUUCCUGCUUGAAAGCAGGAAUCAGGAGGAUAUAAUUAUGGUCAGAUUUGCCAAAUGGAGGGCGAGGGAGAGCUUUGAAUGCGUGUCUGUGUGUGGAGUAAAGGUGAUCUAGAGUUUUUUUCCCUCUGGUUGCACAUUUAACAUGCUGGUAGAAAUGAGGUAAAACGGAUUUAAGUUUCCCUGCAUUAAAGUCCCCGGCCAUUAGGAGCGCCGCCUCUGGAUGAGCGUUUUCCUGUUUGCUUAUGGCCUUAUACUGCUCAUUGAGUGCGGUCUUAGUGCCAGCAUCGGUUUGGGGUGGUAAAUAGACAGCUACGAAUAAUAUAGAUGAAAACUCUCUUGGUAGAUAGUGUGGUCUACAGCUUAUCAUGAGAUACUCUACCUCAGGCGAGCAAAACCUUGAGACUUCCUUAAUAUUAGAUUUCGUGCACCAGCUGUUGUUUACAAAUAUACACAGACCGCCACCCCUUGUUUUACGGGAGGCCAUUGUUCUAUCUUGCCGAUGCAGCGUAAACCCCGCCAGCUAUAUGUUAUCCAUGUUGUCGUUCAGCCACGACUCAAUGAAACAUAAGAUAUUACAGCUUUUAAUGUCCCGUUGGUAGGAUAUUCGUGAUCGUAGCACGUCAAUUUUGUUAUUCAAUGAUUGAACGUUGGCUAAUAGGACUGAUAGAAGAGGCAGAUUACCCACUUGCCGUCGGAUCCUUACAAGGCACCCCGACCUACGUCCCCGAUAUCUCUGUCUCUUUCUCCUGCGAAUGACAGGGAUUUGGGCCUUGUCGCGUGUCUGAAGUAAAUCCUUUGCGUCCGACUCGUUGAAGAAAAAAAUCUUUGUCCAGUACGAGGUGAGUAAUCGCUGUCCUGAUAUUCAGAAGCUCUUUUCGGUCGUAAGAGAUGGUGGCAGAAACAUUAUGUACAAAAUAAGUUACAAAUAACGCGAGAAAACACUCAUAGUAGCGCCAUUAUAGUGGAUUACAUUUUGUGAAAAUACCAAAAACCAUGGGAUUUUUUUUGUCCUAGUUUUGGGGGGAAUCACUCGUAUGUUGAUUGUAUACUCUCUCUGUUUUUUUACACAUACGCUGUUCUAGCGUCUCAGAGUAGGAGUGGAUCAGGAUCAGGUCCUCCCUAUCCAAUAAACCGUAUUAAUUAUGAUCUAAAAGGCCAAACUGAUUGUAGAUCAGCACUCAUACUCUAAGACUCUUUAUGAAUAUAGGCACUGACUUGUGAUUAAACUCUGCUGUCCCCCUGUGCUCCCUGCAGGCCGGUGAGUUUCCCUGAGAACCACUACAGCCUGUCCCUAGCGGGGGGCGACAGAGUGCUGCCCUACAGGAACCCCUCAGCCAGCUUCUCCUCCCCCUCUGGCCUGGGGGGCAUGGCGGCCCUGGGGGGCCCCAUACUCAGUGGGCCCUUCGUACGCUACAAACCCUCACCUGACAGGUCAGUCAGCGGAAGUGUGUGUGUUAGUGUCUUUGUAUGGUGGGUGUAUCUCUGUGGUUGUCUCUGUUUGUAUGCAUUGAGGUAUCAUUGAGGUCUCCUUUUGUUUGUAUUGGAGGAGAAUGUCACUCCUCCCUGUUCCCUGGCAUUUCCUUUGUAUGAUACUUGUAGGCCUCUUGUAGCUCAGUUGGUAGAGCAUGGCGCUUGCAACGCCAGGGUUGUGGGUUCGAUUCCCACGGGGGGCCAGUAUGAAAAAUGUAUGCACUAAGAGCGUCUGCUAAAUGACUAAAAUGUAAAUGUUAUACUUGACAGGCUUUUGGCGCUUGUUGCUUGGAGUGGUAGCUAACUUGCUGCAGACCUGUGACUGAUUUGGUUUAAAGCUUUGAGAAGCUGACUGUCGAUUUUAUGUUAGUGAGACAUGUAUGAACACACUAUUGGAUUAAGACUCGAUAUUGUGGGGUUUUACCUGUGUGUUUAGUUUAGGGUGAUUAGUUACAUCCUGCCCAACCUGAGGAACAUGUUUGAAAUAAGCACCACCGGGGAGCAUAGCAACAACAGAAACUGGGAAAUGUUCUUAAACGUAUUGGUGUGUGUGUGUUAGGGCUGUCCCUGACAAAAAUAAGUAUUGGUCGACCAAGAGUCGUCUGUUCUUUUGACCAAUCGAUUGGUAAAACAUUUUUAAACGUGUAUUUUUCCAUAUAUAGACACCCCUAUGUGUUUGAAUAAAAUCAACUAUAUGCACUGAGCUUGUCUGAUGCUUUAAGCGCACUGUUUGAUUAAAUAAUUAUGACACACAAAUGACUCGAGGGAGCACGAUGGCCACGAUGUGUAAAAAAGAAAAGAAAAAGGACAGCGGCACCCGCAGCUGCAGCGAACAAGUGUUUAUUGCGCUGUCCAUGCUGAAGCUGCAACAUAAUUUCAGCCAUUUCGUUUUACUUGUUUCUUUGACUGAACAGUUCUGUUACCGAAAUCCCUCAUUUGUUUAUAAAAAAACAUUCCCUAUUCCCUCUCUUUACGUGAAACAAUAGGGCCUGACCUAGAGCCUAUCAUAAGCACAUCAAUAUAAUUGUUAUAACAAACUCCAAACACCGUAACAUAUGUGACAGCAAAAUGGAUGUGGACGUGGAAAAAAAGAAACUCAAAACGGGCUAAUGUUUACUGGUUUCUCAGGAGGGAAAGGGGAAGUCGGAUCUGUGGAAGACAUUUGACUUAGUUGUGGAAACUGCUGGAGAUCAAGAAAAAGGAGGGUAUAGGAGCAAGCGUUGCGUGAGUAUUGUGUGUGCUAAACAGGUGCUGAUAGAUUACAAUAUAAAACAAACAUUCUGACCAUUUGGAAGAGUGUAAACAACACUAAAUAAAUUAUAAGUAUACCAGAGAGUCUGUUCUAACGAUAAAAAUACAAAUAUAAAGCCUUUAUUACAGCAAAGACUAAAAGCAGUUGCAUUUAUGAAUUGCGGUUUAUUUAUUGUUUAGGCUAUUUAUUCAAAGGACCUUUUAUUUAUUUUUUAAACUAAAAUGCUUGAUUGCAUUUCGAAGCAUGAAUGACUUGUAUGCUGUGUAAAGAAACAAAUGAUUGAUUGAUACAGUAGCCUAUAUAUUGAAAUAUAGCCUAAGUAAGUUACGGUAUUAAGACUAAACAGGACGCGCUCUUAGGCCUACAGCUCGAUGGUGGUUAUACAAGGCUACUACUAUACGAAGCCUACUAAUGAUAAUGACUUAUUUUAAUGAUGAUCAUAAUAAUAAUUGUAAUAAUAACAGUAAGAAGGAGAUCAAGAAAAAGGAGGGUGUAUGAGCGAGAGCUGCUUGCAUAUUAUGUGUGACAAACAGGUUCUGUUAGAUUCCAAUAUAAUUGUUCUACCUGUUAGGAAAAGUGUAAACAACACUAAAUAAAUUAUAAGUAAUACCAGAGAGUAUGUUCUGAGUUUUUUUUUAGCCUUUAUUACAGCUUAGUAAAGAUUAAAAACAGACUGAUUUGUGAAAUUGCUUUAUCCAACAUUUUGCGGUUGUGUGAGGCUUGGUGCUCAUGGAAUCAGUAGGCUAUUAAACAAACACUCAAACAGGCAAUAGAUGCAGGAUCUGUCUUAUUUCUGUAGAUAUAUACAGUGCCUUCGGAAAGUAUUCAAACCCCUUGACUUUUUCCACAUUUUGCUACGUUACAGCCUUAUUCUAAAAUGGAUUUAAAAAAAUUAUAAUCCUCAGCAAUCUACACACAAUACCCCAUAAUGACAAAGCGAAAACAGUUUUUCUGAAAUUUUAGCAAAUAUAUUAAAAUAAUUAACCGAUACCGUAUUUACAUAAGUAUUCAGACCCUUUGCUAUGAGACUCGAAAUUGCGCUCGGGUGCAUCUUGUUUCCAUUGGUCAUCCUUGAGAUGUUUCUACAACUUGAUUGGAGUUCACCUGAGGUAAAUUCAAUAGAUUGGACAUGAAUUGGAAAGGCACACACCUGUCUAUAUAAAGGUCCCACAGUUGACAGUGCAUGUCAGAGAAAAAAACCAAGCCAUGAGGUCCAAGGAAUUGUCCGUAGAGCUCCGAGACAGGAUUGUGUCGAGGCACAGAUCUGGGGAAGGGUACCAAAAAAUGUCUGCAGCAUUGAAGGUCCCCAAGAACACAGUGGUCUCCAUCAUUCUUAAAUGGAAGAAGUUUGGAACCACCAAGACUCUUCCUAGAGCUGGCCACCCGGCCAAACUGAGCAAUCGGGGGAGAAGGGCCUGGGAGGUGACCAAGAACCCGAUGGUCACUCUGACAGAGCUCUAGAGCUCCUCUGUGGAGAUGGGAGAACCUUCCAGAAGGACAACCAUCUCUGCAGCACUCCACCAAUCAGGCCUUUAUAGUAGAGUGGCCAGACAGAAGUCACUACUCAGUAAAAGGCACAUGACAGCCCGCUUGUAGUUUGCCAAAAGGCACCUAAAGACACUCAGACCAUGAGAAAUAAGAUUCUCUGGUCUGAUGAAACCAAGAUUGAACUCUUUAGCCUGAAUGCCAAGUGUCACGUCUGGAGGAAACCUGGCACCAUCCCUACGGUGAAGCAUGGUGGUGGCAGCAUCAUGCUGUGGGGGUGUUUUUCAGCGGCAGGGACUGGGAGACUAGUCAGGAUCAAGGCAAAGAUGAACGGAGCAAAGUACAGAGAUUCAGAACCGCGGACAGCAACCGCUAUCCAACGCAAGAGAAAAAUAUGUUAUACAAUUAUAUUAUAUUUAUUAGUGUGGCACCAUUAUUUUUUACAUAAUAUAAACAUAUACAAUUUCAGUAUCACGUCUUAGAGCAGUGGUGUGCUGUUGGCAGUAGGUGCACUUGAUUCAGAAGCCCUGCACAUCGGGUAAACAAAGUGUUCCAAUUUUGAACCAAACUCUGCCUACCCGGCGGACCGGGACAUCUGUGGCUAAAUUGAGUUCGCCUACUGCUCUUGCCUACAGAGCUUCCAAGACCCCGGCCACAGCAAAGUUUGAUACUAGCCUACAUAAGAUUUAAAAACUUUAAAAACCAUUGACCACAGAGAGACUGUCAUAGAAUACAGCAAAGAGCUGCUGUUUUUAUGAGGGAGUUAAUAUUAAUGUUUUUAUUCAGCAGUGUCAACUGUUUUUAUUCAACACGAUUACAAAACAUAAAACACGCUUCUCCGUACUUCCACUCACGCUGCCGCAGCAAUGAAAUGAGUAGCCAAGUGUAUCGAUAGCCCUGCAUUUCUAUAAUUAUUAUUAUUAGCAGCAGCAGCUCGUCGUAUCUAUUUUAAUAUUGAGGAAUAUUUCACUUUCUCUGGUCAUAGGAAUGCGGUGCGACUCGAGUUUAGCCAUCAGGUGGAAGACAGUGUCCCCUCUCUCUGGUCAGUCUCACCGGAGGAAAGGAAGGAGAGAGCAGGGACCGUGAGAGGUGGACCCUCUGCUGCUCCCACCCUGCGCUGAGACUAAUGCCAUGUUCAGAACAACUGGGAACUCAGAAAUCUCAGACUUCAGUGUGUUCAAGACAACUGCGAACUCUGAAAAAAGAAGAUCCAACUGGGGCAAAAUCGUUUUGAGCGGUCAUCCAACUUGGAAUUAAAAGUCUGAAACUCUGGUGUCUUUCUAGAGCUCCGACUUUCCGACCUGAAGAUCACUGAUGUUGUGAUUUGUUCCCAGUUGUCUUGAAAGCACCAUGACCAUCAGAUGCAGGUACCAUCAGUCCAGUAAAAUAAAACAGCAAAUUAUUUCAAUUUAUGCGCCGCAAUGCCUUGCAAGUGCUACACCAGCUGAUAUACACUGCUCAAAAAAAUAAAGGGAACACUUAAACAACACAAUGUAACUCCAAGCCAAUCACACUUCUGUGAAAUCAAACUGUCCACUUAGGAAGCAACACUGAUUGACAAUACAUUUCACAUGCUGUUGUGCAAAUGGAAUAGACAACAGGUGGAAAUUAUAGGCAAUUAGCAAGACACCCCCAAUAAAGGAGUGGUUCUGCAGGUGGUGACCACAGACCACUUCUCAGUUCCUAUGCUUCCUGGCUGAUGUUUUGGUCACUUUUGAAUGCUGGCGGUGCUUUCACUCUAGUGGUAGCAUGAGACGGAGUCUACAACCCACACAAGUGGCUCAGAUAGUGCAGCUCAUCCAGGAUGGCACAUCAAUGCGAGCUGUGGCAAGAAGGUUUGCUGUGUCUGUCAGCGUAGUGUCCAGAGCAUGGAGGCGCUACCAGGAGACAGGCCAGUACAUCAGGAGACGUGGAGGAGGCCGUAGGAGGGCAACAACCCAGAAGCAGGACCGCUACCUCUGCCUUUGUGCAAGGAGGAGCACUGCCAGAGCCCUACAAAAUGACCUCCAGCAGGCCACAAAUGUGCAUGUCUGCUCAAACGGUCAGAAACAGACUCCAUGAGGGUGGUAUGAGGGCCCGACAUCCACAGGUGGGGGUUAUGCUUACAGCCCAACACCGUGCAGGACGUUUGGCAUUUGCCAGAGACAUUUGCCACUGGCGCCCUGUGCUCUUCACAGAUGAAAGCAGGUUCACACUGAGCACAUGUGACAGACAUGAAAUAGUCUGGAGACACCGUGGAGAACGUUCUGCUGCCUGCAACAUCCAUCAGCAUGACCGGUUUGGCGGUGGGUCAGUCAUGGUGUGGGGUGGCAUUUCUUUGGGGGGCCGCACAGCCCUCCAUGUGCUCGCCAGAGGUAGGUAGCCUGACUGCCAUUAGGUACCGAGAUGAGAUCCUCAGACCCCUUGUGAGACCAUAUGGUGGUGCGGUUGGCCCUGGGUUCCUCCUAAUGCAAGACAAUGCUAGACCUCAUGUGGCUGGAGUGUGUCAGCAGUUCCUGCAAGAGGAAGGCAUUGAUGCUAUGGACUGGCCCGCCCGUUCCCCAGACCUGAAUCCAAUUGAGCACAUCUGGGACAUCAUGUCUCUCUCCAUCCACCAAUGCCACGUUGCACCACAGACUGUCCAGGAGUUGGCGGAUGCUUUAGUCCAGGUCUGGGAGGAGAUCCCUCAGGAGACCAUCCGCCACCUCAUCAGGAGCAUGCCCAGGCGUUGUAGGGAGGUCAUACAGGCACGUGGAGGCCACACACACUACUGAGCCUAAUUUUGACUUGUUUUAAGGACAUUACAUCAAAGUUGGGUCAGCCUGUAGUGUGGUUUUCCACUUUAAUUUUGAGUGUGACUCCAAAUCCAGACCUCCAUGGGUUGAUACAUUUGAUUUCCAUUGAUCAUUUUUGUGUGAUUUUGUUGUCAGCGCAUUCAACUAUGUAAAGAAAAAAGUAUUUAAUAAGAUUAUUUCAUUCAUUCAGAUCUAGGAUGUGUUAUUUUAGUGUUCCCUUAAUUUUUUUGAGCAGUGUAUUUUGUUUAUUAAAGCUCGAGUUUUGAAAUAUAAUAUGGUCUGAGAAGAACAAUAUUGUCAGGCAUAUAGCCAAUAUGCUGUGAUAAUGUAUUAGGCCUACUGCCCAAACCUAAUUCCUACAGAACUGUUUUUAUUAGUUUAAUGUAAAAUUUUUUAAGUCAUGUUUAAAAAAAAGUUUUGCUUUUUGACUGCGAAAGUGAUCUUGACUCAGAAAAGGUUUGUGACCACUGUCUUAGUGAUGGACUAUGCCAUCCCUGUGGCCUCCGCAAUGGAUUAGUCCACUGAGACGUGUGAAUCAGACAGGUGUCUUGUGCACCACGGGGAAAAUUUUUUUUUUGCGACUGCUCUACUAAAGAAAUCUCGGUCGACCAACAGCCUAUCGACCAGUCGGCUAAAUGGGGUCAGCCCUAGUGUGUGUGUGCUGUACACUUUUUUGUCUACCUGUAUUCUGCCUAAAUCUGAAUUCACCCGAGUCUGUGUGUAACCUUGCGUGAGUUAGGGAUGGGCGGUUUGGGCAAAAUAUCAUAUCCCAAUAUUUUUCUAAUUUUUGACCAGGCUUGAGCAUUAUACCGUAUAUAUCGGGGGGGAUUUUUAAGUACAGAAGGUAUGAUUUUCAAUACUCCCCCCCCCCCCCCUCCACAUGGUAUCUUUGUUUACAAAGAGCACGUGGAGAAAACGUGUCAAUCCACUGUUGAGAAGCACGAGAGAGGUGAUCAAGUUACACUUGAAAUUCAUAUCUUAUAACUAUAAGUUAACUAUUUAACAUUUUCUCCAGCUCAGGGCUCCAGCUAUGCAUUUGGUUAGCUAACUUGCUAGCUAUAACGUUAGGUGGCUAGCUUGCAAUAUCAAGCUUCUUGGUUACAGCAGAGACAAUCAAUCCCCUUCUGGAUCAAGUGUGAGUAGCCUUUUGAGAUAGUUCUAUAACUUUAUGACCUGGGUUGUCUGUCCUUGCAUUUAGCUUUUGUUCGCUUGCCUUGUUUGUAUUUAGCUAGCAUCCGCUAUGGGAAUUCGCUAGUACUCUAUUAGCCUUUGUUAGCAUAGAAAAUCAUUUGCAGGAGGAGAGGGAGAGACGACUCAAGUAGCAAACGGAGUAAGCUAUAAAAACAGAAACUCGCUGGAGUGGCGUAUCGCAUUUAACAUAUAAAAUAUUGAAAUACCGUUGUAGAACAUAAAAUAAAAACCCAAACCGGUCCGUGCAUCAAUCAUGGUAUAUAGUAAAAUAUGGUAUACCGCCCUAGCGUGAGUGUGUGAGUAACCUCUCUGUUCCUCUUAUAUCUGUGUAGGUACGGUUCAGCCCAGCGUCCCCUGCUGGCCUACGAACCUCAUCUCAGUCUGGACAUCACCUCUAGUGGAGAGUCCUCCUCGGGCUUCACCAGCCAGGAUAGCACUAUGGAGCGCUGCAAGACAGGUACACACACACACACACACACACACAUAUGUAGACAAACAUACAGAACACACACACACACACACACACACACACACAUGUACAGUACCAGUCAAAAGUUUGGAAACACCGACUCAUUCAAGGGUUUUUCUUUAAUUUUUUACUAUUUUCUACAUUGUAGAAUAAUAGUGAAGACAUCAAAACUAUGAAAUAACACAUAUGGAAUCAUGUAGUAACCAAAGAAGUGUUAAACAAAUCAAAAUAUAUUUUAUAUUUGAGAUUCUUCAAAGUAGCCACCCUUUGCCUCUAUGACAGCUUUGCACACUCUUGGCAUUCUCUCAUUCAGCUUCACCUAGAAUGCUUUUCCAGCCGUCUUGAAGGAGUUCCCACAUAUGCUGAGCACUUGUUGGCUGCUUUUCCUUCACUCUGCCGUCCGACUCAUCCCAAACCAUCUCAAUUGGGUUGAGGUCGGGGGAUUGUGGAGGCCAGGUCAUCUGAUGCAGCACUCCAUCACUCUCCUUCUUGGUAAAAAUAGCCCUUACAUUUACAUUUUACUCAUUUAGCAGACGCUCUUAUCCAGAGCGACUUACAGUUAGUGAGUGCAUACAUUUUCAUACUGGCCCCCCGUGGGAAUCGAACCCACAACCCUGGCAUGGCAAACGCCAUGCUCUACCAACUGAGCUACAGAGGUGUGUUGGGUCAUUGUCCUGUUGAAAAACAAAUGACAGUCCCACUAAGGCCAAACCAGAUGGGAUGGCGUAUCGCUGCAGAAUGCUGUGGUAGCCAUGCUGGUUAAGUGUGCAUUGAAUUCUAAAUAAAUCACAGACAGUGCCACCAGCAAAGCACCCCCACACGAUAACAACACCUCCUCCAUGCUUUACGGUGGGAACUACACAUGCGGAGAUCAUCUGUUCACCCACACCGUGUCUCACAAAGACAUGGCGGUUGGAACCAAAAAUCUCCAAUUUGGACUCCAGACCAAAGGACACAUUUCCACCGGUCUAAUGUCCAUUUCUCGUGUUUCUUGGCCCAAGCAAGUCUCUUCUUCUUAUUGGUGUCCUUUAGUAGUGGUUUCUUUGCAGCAAUUCAACCAUGAAGACCUGAUUCACACAGUCCCCUCUGAACAGUUGAUGUUGAGAUGUGUCUGUUACUUGAGCUCUGUGAAGUAUUUAUUUGGGCUGCAAUUUCUGAGGCUGGUAACUCUAAUGAACUUAUCCUCUGCAACUCUGGGUCUUCCAUUUCUGUGGCGGUCCUCAUGAGAGACAGUUUCAUCAUAGCGCUUGAUGGGUUUUGCGACUGCACUUGAAGAAACUUUCUUGAAAUGUUCCCUAUUGACUGUCCUUCAUUUCUUAAAGUAAUGAUGGACUGUCGUUUCUCUUUGCUUAUUUUAGCUGUUUUUGCCAUAAUAUGGACAUGGUAUUUUACCAAAUAGGGCUGUCUUCUGUAUACCCCCCUACCUUGUCACAACACAACGGAUUGGCUCAAACGCAUUAAGAAGGAAAGAAAUUAGGAGGCAUACCUGUUAAUUGAAAUGCAUUCCAGGUGACUACCUCAUAAAGCUGGUUGAGAGAAUGUCAAGAGUGUGCAAAGCUGUCAUCAAGGCAAAAGGUGGCUAUUUGAAGAAUCUCAAAUAUAAAAUAUAUUUUGAUUUGUUUAACACUUUUUAUGUUACUACAUGAUUCCAUUUGUGUUAUUUCAUAGUUUUGAUGUCUUCACUAUUAUUCUACAAUGUAAAAAAAAUAGUAAAAAUAAAGAAAAAUCCUUGAAUGAGUAGGUGUGUCCAAACUUUUGACUGGUAGUGUGUAUAUAUAUAUAUAUAUAUAUAUACACUACCGUUCAAAAGUUUGGGGUCACUUAGGAAUUUCCUUGUUUUUGAAAGAAAAGCAAUUUUUUUGUCCAUUAAAAUAACAGCAAAUUGAUCAGAAAUACAGUGUAGACAUUGUUAAUGUUGUAAAUGGCUAUUGUAGAUGGAAACGGCUGAUUUUUAAUGGAAUAUCUACAUAGGCGUACAGAGGCCCAUUAUCAGCAACCAUCAGUCCUGUGUUCCAAUGGCACGUUGUGUUUGCUAAUCCAAGUUCAUCGUAAAAAAAAAAAUAUAUAUAUAUAUAUAUACACUGAAUUCACACACACACAUACAUACACACAUUCAUAUGCAUACACACAGAACACACACACACAGAAAUAAGUCAGGAAUAAAGACAGUCAAUUGCAGUGACUCCAAAUCGAACUGAGUUAGACAUCCAUCACAAUCAGAAAAGGGGCUUAAAUACUGACUACCCCAAUACACUGUGUAUUACCAGUGACCACACACACAUAUUGUCAUGGAAAUUCUAAUCAAUAAUGAGGAGAGACAAGGUCAAUCACCAAUCAGGAUAUUACUUUAUUCAAAACGUAUUAAUAAAGCAGCAGGUCACACCACCCACACACGUGAGUGCUUUGCAAUAUUGAGGCUGGUCGACCCAACACUCUUGAGUGUUGGGCCGAGAGCUCUCACAUACAAAGAUCUUUUAUAGCACGAUACCCCCACCUAUUCUACAUAACAGACAGCAGAUGUGUGGAAUGGGUCAAAAGGUGAGACUUGAUAUAUGCGAAAGGAGUAUCCCCCAGCCAGAUAGCAUUUGCUGCGAAGACUUUUCUCAUUGUAUGGAAACCAGGGUUUGGCCCCUACCCAAGCCAUCUCUCCCUGGUACCUUACAUUACACAAACACCAACUCAUUCUAUGGAUAGCAUUUGUAGGUUUUAUCACCAAACCAUUCAUAAAUCAAUUGGAAGCUCCAGAUACCCCUAUCUCGAGUAAAACCCUUGUCCUUGACCACACGCCUAGACUAGCUGCAGGGAGCAGGAGUAGAAACCAUCCCUUUACAAAAACACAGCAAUAGUAGAACAGUAUAUAAUUGUUAACUAUUAAUAUUAAACAAAGCAGGUAAACAUGUUACAUGUUCAUUUUUCUCUCACAAAAUACACACACAUACAGUGAACACGUAAAACAUAACGAUGGCCUACAUACCACACCUGUCACUACAUCAGGCCUGUGAUGAGUAAUAUGUAAUGGUGUGUGUGUUUUCUGCUCAGAGCCCCUAUGGCAUGUCCCAGUGUCAUCAUCUCGGGGGCCAGGAAGAGGAGGGGGGCAGAGGAGACCCAACCGACAGGACGUCCCAGGGAAAGACUCCCCCAACAGACACUCAAAGGUCAGAUAUAACUGUCCUCUUUUAUUUAGAGAGAUUUUCUGCCUGUUGCUUUUCUGUGUAUCUACUGUCUCUUUCUCUCUCUGUAGGGUGAGACCCAGUACUCCAGCCACUCCAGCAGUAACACUCUCUCCAGUAACGCAUCCAGCAGCCACAGUGACGAGCGCUGGUUCGACGGGGCUGGGGGGGAGAGAGGAGGCCCGGGGGUGUCCGGGGGUUGCCUAGGCAACUUGGCCGAACCUGACCCCCUCAGUAAGGGCGGGUCCAGCGAUAGCGGCAUCGAUGCCCCCACCCUCUACAACACCAAGCCUGCCGGUCGCCACGGAAACCAGUCCAGCCAAUCACAGAAGCUCUCUGAAGUGAGGGGCAACGGAGUCGAGGGGCGGAGACUAGAGUCGUCGCCUGUAUUGCCUGCCAAUCAGAACAAAGGAUACCGCACACGCACCUUCCCUCCUCCUGGAUGCAACGUGGAGAAGCCAGACUCAUUCAAACCCAGGUAGGAGAGACACACACACACUGCUAGCGCUUAUACACUCAAACUCAGGUUAGCUUUCAGUAGUGGAAAGAGAGUGGAAAGGAGAACUGUAUGCUUUGUCCACACAGGCAUCCCACCCCUCAUACUGAACGUACUGAAACACAUCAGUGUUUAAUCCCUAUGGGGGGGCAUGUAUGGGCCAGAUGUACCACCCCUCCCCUGCCCUACAUACAUGUAGAAACACAUAUUUAGAGAGUCCAGCUACUCUUAGAGGGGGAUUAAAGGAUUGGGGGUUUAGACCCCCAGUUCCAUCACUCCAGUCCCCCAGUCUAUACUAAGUCACUCAGGGAACAGGAUAGCACACAAGCACUCUGACACACAGAGGCACCCAACACAUAACAUACAGGUAUGUAGUCUAAACUGUGGUACAGGAGCUUAGGAAAUGGGGAUAGAGACGUGUGAGUGGGAAGAUGGAUGGGUGUAUGUAUUGAUUGAUGGUGGGUUGGUUGGACAUUUGUAGCUGAAUGGUUGCUUGGGUGAUUGGGUGGAUGGUUUGCUGGAUGUAUGAUGUCUUAGAGAAAGCCAUGAUAGCUGGUCAGGGAUAUUCACUGAGCGUGCUGUGGCACUAACAGAUGUUGGUUGGUUGGUUGGUUUGUUGGUUGAGGUGGCUUUUGGUGGAAUUGGGUCGGGAGACAAAUGGGAUUUGAGAUGUGAAUUCCACCAGCAGCUGUUCUGCAUGAUGUGUGGUUUGUUGUGUCUGUGUUAUGUUAUGUAUCCCACCCUGAAUGGAUCCAUCAAUUCAAGCAUAUGUUUAUCUCUAAACCUAUGCACCAUUUAUAUAGACUUUUUUAUGCAUGUAAAUAGAUAGAUAGAGAUCGAUUUAUGGAUUUGAGCAUGUGUUUCUCUGUAUAUUAAUGCAGUGUGUCUGUGUGUCGUCACAGGGCCUGCUACACACCCCAGGGUUACAAGACACCUGCAGCAGAGAAAUCGCGGCCGGUCCGAGCCGCCACAGUCACACCCAACUCUGCUCUACUCCGCUCCACCCCUCUCUCCAGCUCUGCCCCCAAGGCCUUAUACAGCAAGAGCAGGCUGGGCCCCUGGCAACCAGAUGACAACGCCCCCUCCCCUUCAAACACACCCACUACCUACAGCUCUGACAGCAACAGCAGCAAGAAGUAAGAGAGAGUGUGUGUGUGUGUGUGUGUGUGUGUGUGUGUGUGUGUGUGUGCGCAUUAAGAUGCACUGGUCUACCGAGGCACCAGUGUGCCACACCACCAACACAAAAGUCAAGCAUCACGCCACUGUGUUAACCAAUGCUCGGUGUGGUAAGUUGUGUUACUGUAUUUAACCUAUAUUCCUGCUGUGUGUGUGUUCAGGCAGGUGGACGUGAAUUCUAAGAACGUGUUCGGACAGCCCCGUCUCAGAGCGUCGCUAAGGGACCUGCGGUCUCCACGGAGAUCCCACAAGAGCACCGUCGAGGACGACCUGAAGAAACUCAUCAUCAUGGACAACCCUGGAGAGAUGCCACAAAGAGACAUGGUGAGGGACACACAAAACCACACCCACACAAACACACACAGAACAUACAUAUACAAACAUACACAUACACACCCCAAACCUUACCACUUGCUCACACACAAACCCCACAACUAACCUCCCUCCCUUUUAAAGUCUCCUCGGCACACUCUUCAGCGCACAUUCUCAGACGAGUCUCUGUGCAGCGGGCGCAGGGAUGCCAGCUAUGCCAACUCUGCCCCCCUGUUUGACCAGGGCACUCCCAGCGACCUGCUGUUCACCUGCACCCUGCCCACCCGGCGCCACGCACACUCUGCCAACCACAUGCCCAACAAGAAGGGUGAGUGGGGCCACAGCUUGAUGUUACUACCUUUUUACUUCAUUGUAUCCAUACCUAAUUAUGGUAUAUCAAGAAGGCACAGGGCUCAGUUAUAGUUAUACAAGGAAUCAUUUAUGUGCUACUUUUAAAGGAAUAGUCCACUCAAAAAUGAUAUUUUGGUAUUUAUUUCAUUAGUCCACUUUUGAUACAGUCCCAAAAUGUUUUGCAUGUCAGCAGUCAAGUUUUCAAGAAGCAAAGUUUAUCAUGUGACAUCAUCAUGAAUGCUAAGACUUUAGUUAAUUUGACCUCCUUGCCCCCCUCCUGCUUGGCCAGUCCCUAUGUCUGCGUCAGAGCUGUCUCUGACAGAGGUGAGGGAUAAGGUCCCCCCCCUGAGGAGGCUGGACCCGGGGCUCAUGCCCUUGCCUGACACUGCCUGUGGCCUGAAGUGGGCCAGCCUGGUCAACGCUGCCAAAGCCUACGAGGGUGAGUGUGAGUAUUCUGAUAUUUGCUAGAGAGAUUUUGUUUGUGUGUCAGUAGCUGAGCUGUGUCACCUAGAGAGAGAGAGAUCCCCUUCUGAUUGUGAAGGGGGAAAUGCAGCAUUGUAACAGUGUGUGUGUGUUUUACAGUGCAAAGGGCAGUGUCUCUAUUCUCGCUCACUGAGCCUCAAGUUGGGGUUCCAGACAUGCGGCCGAUCAUCAGUCCAAUCCAGUUCCAAACACCUCAGACUCCACGCACUACCCCCACCUUCAGCGGGUAAGUCUCUGACACACACACCUUGCAUAAAUUCACACAAAAGAAACUAACUCUCACACACUAGCUCAAACAAUCACGAUCCAUAGACACUGCCACAGACGCACAAUGUAAGAUCAUGGUAGUUACAGCAGAUUAGGAUUGUUGAUUACUGAUACUCCAAAUCGUAAAAACAAUAUUUGAGUAUAUAAAAGCACUGCCUACGCUUGGACUUCCCAUUUCCUUUUGUCAGGUCAACCUCACCUGUCACAUGUAGAGAGCUGUAAUGGCAGUGCCAUCCUGUGGUUAGCUGUGGUAAUUACACAUGGAUCAAACAGUUACCAAGGAUCCCUGAACACCUGCUGUAGUAAACAAACAGUGGAGUGUUUGAGUUACAGCAGUCUGGCCGGUCAGCUUGUGUUGUCUCAGGGCAUGACUACAACCAGCCUACCACUGAAACUGCCUCUUGUUUACCAAACUAACACGCUGCCUCGUACAGUCCCGAUAAACUCUGUUGUUCUGUUGAACACACCUGUUAAACCUGUCUGCCCUACCUGCUACGUAACCCAUAUGACAGUGUGGGUUAAUGUCUUUGUGUGUUUUCAGAGAUGAGGUCCCCUGCGACCUCUCGGGGCGACUGUUUAGCCUAGAGGUGAUGCUGAAGCAGCUCAACACUGACCUGGAGAAGGUACCGUUUACACCAGAGAGACAUUUAGGCUCAAUGCUAAUUUAUAUGGAUGUAACUCUGACACAGCAAGAAUUGAAACAGAUAAUAAAUAAACACUUUCUUUCCUUUCCCUCCCUCUCUGUCCCUCAGGAGAAGGAGGACAAAGUGCACCUGUUGGCUGAGAUGGCUAACCUGCGGCAGAAUAACCAGCGGCUGCAGGAAGAGAGCCACUCGGCCAGCGAGCAGCUCCGCAAGUUCAGCCUGCUCUUCACCGACCCCCCGCAGAGGAAGUGA